AUGAGGGAUCCAGUUGACUCAGCGGCUGCCAUGGCUCAUCAUCCUUUCCAAACUCACCGACCAGGUGCUUUACCCUUGUCAGCCUAUUUCACCGCCGCUCAGCAGCCGCUUUUCCCAGCCAUGACUUUCCCUGAUGUCGCCUCUCUGUCCGAGCCUCUGCCGGAGCCGGCACCGUCUGACGCAGGGCUGCACGCAGCUUUGGGACGACCGCGUCAGCCGUCAGUCCAUCCGCGGUCCUUAAAGAGUCUGCAGCCUGAGGAAGGGAAGGAGGAUGAUCCUAAAGUCACCCUGGACUCACAAAGUUUAUGGAACGAAUUCCACAAAAGGGGGACCGAGAUGGUUAUUACGAAGUCUGGAAGGUGUGAGGGAAAACUGCGCAAUAGCGCCAGAAGUAUCACUUUAUUGUGGUCCGUAGAAGAAUUUUAGAACAUAGAAAUCAUUUUCACUUGUGUCUGAUUAUUAGGAUGUGUUUAGGCUUGUUUUGGGGCCUUUGCUUGAAAGGCUGAGAGUCAAUAUUUAGUAAAUUACACCUUAAAGAAAUCAUUUUAACUUUCAGUCUUGUCUUAACCAGUUUUAACCUACAAAAUGUGAAAAAAAAAUAUCACUUUUAGGAAAACUUCUAAACCAAAUUAUUAAGUCUAACACACAGUUUCAUCAUUUUCAUUGUAGGAGGAUGUUUCCGCCUUUCAAAGUGCGGGUGGAUGGCCUGGAUGAAACAGCCAAAUACAUCCUGCUGAUGGACAUAGUAGCCGUGGAUGACUGCCGCUACAAGUUUCACAACUCUCGCUGGAUGGUGGCAGGAAAAGCUGACCCGGAGAUGCCAAAGCGCAUGUACAUCCAUCCAGACAGUCCGUCCAAAGGAGAGCAGUGGAUGAGCAAGCCUGUGGCCUUUCAUAAACUCAAACUUACCAAUAAUAUUUCUGAUAAACAUGGAUUUGUAAGUAUUUGAUCUUCGUGAUAAAUGUGUUUUUAUAUAUCACUGAACUCAGGUCACAGAACACCUCAAUAUGACAUUUCAAUCAGUUAUUUUAAAGCAUAGUUCAACCAUAAAAUCUUAAUUGUGUACUUUUUAAAUGUGCUAUUUACCUACAAAUCAGGCUGACAUUCAUUUUGUGUGUGUCUCUUUUUUUUCAGACAAUUUUGAAUUCAAUGCAUAAAUACCAGCCCAGGUUUCACAUUGUAAGAGCCAAUGACAUCAUGAAGCUCCCAUACAGCACCUUUCGGACCUACGUUUUCCCGGAGACAGAGUUCAUCGCUGUCACUGCUUAUCAAAAUGAGAAGGUAACCUCAAUGACCCCUUCCCUCUUCUCAGCAGAUCUUAUCUAGACCUUUGCAAACAUCAUACUAUUGUUUUGUAUUAAUGAGGACUUAAUUUGGUAUGAACAUUUUAAACACUAUUCUGUUUUAAACACAAGUCCAGUGAAAUGUAUCAGCUCUGUUUACAGAUGACUAGGAAAUGUAUUUUUCUUUUCACUUUCAGUUGACUAUCUUCAUGAUUUUUCUUUUUCUUUAAAAGAUAACACAACUUAAAAUUGACAACAACCCCUUUGCCAAAGGCUUCAGAGACACUGGCAACGGGAGGCGUGAAAAGAGGUAACCGUUUUGCAAUCAGUCUCCAUGAUAACAGAUAAAAACAAGUGCCGAAAUUUCUGUGGACUUAACAUUAAUUUUUCAUCUUUAGGAGUAAGCAGUUCAACAUUUAUGCGCUACCUGAGAACCAAAGCAAAACGCACCGCGACUGUGGUGAUUCUGAUGACUCAUGUGAACAACCCAGUACCAGGGGCACGUUUCAUUCCCCUCAAGAGGUGGUGAAAAGCCCCCUUAUGUCCACACCAACACGCCAAGGUGGGUCAACUUACAGACUGCUGUCAGUCAGCAUGCGGCCUUUUUCUGCAAUGUUUGUUUGGACCCUAUUUAAAAGCUUGUCUUGUUUAACGCAGACACAUUGUGUUGUUACUGUAGGAAGAAAAACAGGUGUUACUAAUGACAUUAACAAAGGCUUUCUUCUAUUUAAGUGCCACUCUAAGCCAUCAAAGCGUGACGGUAAGCCUUCGAGCACAAUAGCAGGACCCUGAACCGAAGCGGCUAAAUGGAAUUAAGCCACCAUUAAGUGUAUUUAUUUACACCUGGGCUGACUGUGACUUUUUAAAAUGUCACUGUAGGACACAAUGAAGGCUUUGUGGGAGUUCACCAAAGUCCCUUGAAGUUGCAUACUCUAAGAAGACAAGAGCGAGAAAUUUUGAGACAUAUUAUGCAUGUAUGUUAGACAAAUGAUGCUGACCAAGUAAAAAAGGGUUUUGAAAAAGAGGAACCAGGUACACAUUCAAUACUAAAUCUUUAAAUUUAUAUUUUGUUAUUUAGUUUCUCCAUCUGACUUGAAUUCAUGUUACAUAUCUUAAUUGUUAUGCUGUUUUGUUAGAGCUUCCAAGCACAUAUGGUGGACCUCGUCUGCUUGCAAUUUGAGCUUGGAUUAAGGUCUUUUUCAUGGUCAAAAAUAACUUUUUCUAAUGAGAUGGCACCCUCAUUGGAGGGUUGACAGAUACAAACAUCAUGGGGAGGUAUGACAAGGACUAUAUGUCGAAGGGCAGAGGGGAACUGAGGACAUAGCAGGUGCAUUGACUUAUCCACUCAACAAGUAGGAUGUGAACAACAAGGUACCCAACAAAUCAGGAAGGAAGGUUGUUUGAGUGUAGACCUUAACCUUAAUUUGCUGAGUGACUCAAUUUGACCCUGCAGAGUUAGCUUGUCAUAAUGAAUGAGAUGUUUGCGCCAAUAUCGUUGCGUAUUAAUUGUUAAUAAUGCAGAAAUAUGCACAUUGUACUGAAACUGCGCAAGUAUUAAAUGAACACAAUGAUUAUUCCCACAGAUGAGAACAAUACUGGAAGCGAUUCAGAUAUCGACCAUAGAAAUGAGGACGUCGCUGAAGCCGGCUGUUCCAGGACUGAUCGUGUUUCGUCAUUGAGUCAGAGGAGCGAUGAAACCCUUAGAAACAAACCGACUCUCAGUAAGAGCCACAGUACUGAGGACACGUUUAGGGAAAUAACAGUUUUCAGAACAUCAGAUGAAUUGUCCAUCAAGGAAACGGACUCUUUCAAAAAGCACACCAGUGAAGUCCAGCCCAUGAUGCUGCAGAACUCGGCAUCCCUCAGCGCUGCACAGCGUCAGACUUUGGACUUCUCAAAUGUGCACAGGCAACAAUUUUUAAAGCUCGGGGCUCCUUUGUUGCUUCAUCCUGGACAGCUGCCGAUGAAGCCAGAGGCUUUUUCCUCCUCAGGGAUGGGACAUGUGUUUUCUUCCUUGCCUGGAGUAAAUGACUCAGACAGUGGUGGUCUCUCCUCUCAAAGCAUCAGCUCUGCAUCUCCCUUCAUGUUUCACCUGUCACAGCAUAUGCUUGCCUCUCAGGUAUGAACCAGCAAGGGGACUGAAUCCCAGAACCACCAAAUUUUAAGACUUUUAGUCACUGAUUUCAUAAGUUUGGGGUGCAUGCUCCUUCACACACACAGUAUACAAGUUUUAAGUCAAAUAUUUUCCAUGGCUCCAAGGGAAGACUAUUUUUACCCCUUAAAUGACUUAUCUAUACAGUAGAGGUGACUUUCCAGGAACAAGAGGAGAAAAUAGAAAAGAUAGUUUGUUACCUCAGUGGACCUGCCUUUUACAUGUCCUGGAUAGAGCAUCGCCAGUGUAAUGCAAUGAGGCCAUGAACCCUGAAACCAAGUAACCAUCGAGCAUUGAAAAAGGACGAGAUGUGUGUGUAUGAGACAACACAGGAAUUUAAAACACCUUUACAUUACAAAUUACAUUUGGAUUGCAGUCAACACAGUUUGGUCUUGGUGAUCCUAUACUUGCUAUAUUCCUUUUAUUAAAAACCUUUUUUUUUCUUUAUGGCAAAGAGAUAACAAAGAAGCAUUUCUUUUCAGGGACAUGCAGAAAAAAAACCAAACUUUUUGUGGCAUAAUGCUGCUACUUGGACUGGAUUUCAAUGAGAGUGCAUUCAGUGUCUUCAAACACAGCAACAUGUAUGCUAAUACUUUAUCAAAUAAUUGCUCUCUAUGCCACUUGGUCCUUAAAAGUUGCCAUUUUUGAAGUAACACCAUUAUUUACAUCUUAUACAGUUGUGAAGGAGAUACAGGCUGCUAAAGUUUAGAAAAAAAAAAAAAAAUUUUUGUUGUUGACUGAACUGAUAAGUUAGAAUUUAGAACUUGAAUUCUGAGUUUGAAGUCAAAAAUUUGGAAUUUUUUAGCAAAAUUUUUAGUUUAAAAUCAGAAUUCAUGCCUUUUUUUCAAAAUCCUGAAUAAAAUGAGAGAGAUUUUUCUGACCCUGUUUUAGUGGCCCUAACCACAUUGAUAUAACAUCAGUGAAUCAGGUUUUAUGUUCAGUAGGUUAAUAUAUUUUAGGGAUUUGUCUUGGUGUUUUGGUGUUGAGACGAUGACCUACAUUAACAGAUCCUGGACAAAAUGUAUGCUAAAUUUGCAAAAAGGAGCUGUACAUAUGUGCAGGAAGGUGCAAGAAUAAAAAAACGAACUUCAGAGGUGUAAAGACUGCUUCAAAACAAGAAUCUUGUUUUGCGUCUGCUUGUUUUAUAGACCUUUCAGAACCUCAGAUAUCUGCAACCUGUGACAUGAUGACAAACAGGCAUCAACUUUCAUUGGAGAGAAAAAUAAAUUUUAGUUGUGCUUUUUGAUUUUCAAGUAAAUGGGUGUUUCUCUCAAGGCUUUCCAUAAAUCUGUUAAAAUGAAAUCACUGUUGCACACUUUUUAUUUAGCCGAACGUUUUUGUUUUAUUGGCCCUCUUUUGUUUAAGCUAGCUUUAAUAUCCUUAUAUCUGGUCCACGACAGCAUAUUUUAAUGUACACAGCAGGACAUGAAAAUGUAGUUAAAGUAAAAAAUGUUCAUGAUGAAAAUGGAAAGUUAACCAUUUUAAUUUUGUCACUGCAGGGAAUCCCACUAUCACCAUUUGGUGGAUUGCUCUCAUAUCCCUACCGCUACAUGGCAGCACCCACUGCGGUCCCUCCAGCCCUCCCCACCUGCUCUAUAACCUCCACACUGUCCAGAAACAACUGUUUCCGCAGCCACCAGAACUGGUUGAGAUUCAGCCCCUAUCAGAUCCCCACGUCCGUUACUUCGAGUCAAAAUCUGCUCCCCACCAGCUUACCUGCAAGUUCAAACUCUCAGUCUGAGCAGACCAAAUCUGGGAGCAGGGAGUCCAGUCCAGUGUCUGACAAUCCCAGCCACAGUACCAAGGCCAAGCUGAAGACGGCACCGAUGAAAGCUAUCAUUAAGGAGUCUGUUAAAGAACUGCAAAACCUGCAGGAUCCAGCUAGAGAAGCUGGUAAAUCACUUCCUUCACAAUAGACUUACAAAUGUUGGUUUUCACCUUACACAUACAUUAGCGGAUUAUGGAUGUUAGAUGAUAGACACGAACAGUUGCACAUUGUUAAAAUCACUUUAAGUAUAUAUUUUGUCUGAAAUUGUGUGAAUUGCUGCUAUUUGAUUUUUUUUUCAUGUCACCUAUAAACACUAACUUGAUCCUUUGCAGUUCAGAAGGGACCUAUUAUUCCUUAGGUUUUUAUUAUAUUUACUUAAUCAAAGCAUGCAAAAAAAAUAAUGUUUUAAAAACUUCUUAAAUACCUAAAAAUCUCACUUAAACCAGAUUAAGCCCAUUUUAAACUGUGACCAUUACAGGGAUUUUUUUUCUGAUUGCUCAUACAAAAUCAAUGCCUUUGUCAGAAUUUAGAGAUUUUUUACUGCCAAAUUUAAAUUAUCUGGAAAAAUAAGCCAUCCAAAAGUCAUCCCUACAAGUGGAGCACUGUAAAGGAUAUAUUUUUUGUGUUAUAAAAGCCAAACCCACUUAUUUGGAUCUAUUUGUGAUAUCCCCCCUUAAAUUUAGCUUUUAUUUCUUAUUACAAACCAAAACUUUUAAAGACGGAAUUGACUUUGAAUCCUGCCGAAGAGCAAUGAGGAAGUUGUGUGCCACUUUACCACAGUUGCACUUUCUGUUUAUGUACCAAAGCUGUUCCCUGGACUUCAAGGGAAGACUCAGGAUAUUUUUUUAAUCUUUAAAGAGCACUUCAAUCAAAUGUCCUCAAAUAAUCUGUCAGGAUGUCAGGAAAAAUAUUCAGGUAAAUUGUUUGUGUGAUUUCACUUGAUUUUAUUCACAAUUUGAAUAAAGGCACUGUUCACAUUUCAAGAUGUUGUCUUAAUCUGUUUAGAAUAAAUGGAUGUAGUAAAAUAUCCAGAUGGCUGAGCUGAGAGAGAAGUGGGAUUACAUCUGCUGUUUUCACCACAAGACACAUCUGAAACCAAAACGCUCAUCCACAGUUUAAUUCCUUGUAUUUGUCUCUCUUUAGACAGCCUUGUUUGGUUGUAUUUUCAUUCUUUUUGAAAAGUUGCAUAAAACAUGCUUUAAAACUUAUUACAUAUCUGAUGACAUACAUACACUGGUCCACCGAGACCACAUUAUAGGUAAUUCCUGAUAUGCAGAGAGAAAAAUGCAUCUGAAGCUUGUCAAAAUUGGUGAUAGAUGUGGUACAGAAACGUCAACACAUUGGCCACAUAGUAGCCCAAUAUAGAAGUCCGCAGAAUUGGAUUUGAUUCAAUUCUCAACUGCGGAUAGAGAUCUGUCUGGAUGUUAUCCUCAACCUGUAAUCCUCUCAGUUUAUGUAAUUUAAGCCAUGUGUGCUAUCCUUAUCCUUAAUUCUGUCCAUUUCUGUUGUACCUCAGUCACCCUUUUAACACCAUUAAUCUCCCUGUUCAUCUUUUCUGCCACCCCAAAGGCUUCGUGAGGCAACGAACAGCGGUAAAUUAAUUUACUCUGUGAUCUUAUGAAGCCACACAGUAGUUGACCGGAUUCUGGCACUGCUGUCUCCUCUCUCUAGGAACCAACAAUAACUACUGUGUUAAACAGCCACUGACAAUUGUGGUGGCGGGUGUAUGCUUAUUAAAGCUUUACUACAGCGUGCUAAACUUGGUGCCGUGAAACAGCUGCUGCCGCCAUGCCCUUGGCCAUGGUGAUGGUGACUGAGCAAUAAAGGUAAAUGAGCGAGUCUUUGGUCCAGCGCACUUCAUUCUGUAUGCAUGAGUGCAGCUCACUGCUUGCAAAGGCAAUUCCCAAAACAUCCUUGCUUGUGACAGCAAAGCCACACUUGAGUUGCUAAUCCCUUGUGCCUGAACUUCACCUCAAGCUGUACCUAAAAAUAUAUACUUUUUGAGACCAAAAAUGGCAUACUGAUUCAUAUAGUUGAUGUGAAAAAACUCUCAGACAUUUAGAGAAGGACCGCAGCAAACACUUCUUAUUUUACACAUCGAGUAUUUGCUCAGAUUUGUUUAUUCAAAUACUGUAAGUGAGUUUUUAUAAAUGUAACUUGGCUCUCUUUUGUUUAGGGCAAACAAAAGUGAACCAAGUUGCUUAAAUGAGCACUAUCAGGAAAAAAACAGCUGCGUUACACAUUCUGUUCAUGAGAGGAAACCUGAGAAAAUACCAAACAUUUUAGCUACACUUAAGGCGCAUUCAUGAAGGUUUACACAUGGCCAAGCUGACAGGGGAAGUGACAAAUACUGGCCAUAGAAAGAAAGGCAUGAAAAGGCUGUAAAGCACUAAGAAUCUCUUGACUUUUGUGAAAAGAGAGGUGGUUUCCCAGGAGAAAAUUUUAUCCUAAUGUUUCUUUCUUCUCCAAUGAGCAGGUCCUCUCUUAAAGUUACGCUGUGUAUUUUUCCUCUUGGCUGAGUGAACACUUGUUCUGCACAAAAAUCUCAACUGGCCUAAAAAUAUUUCAAGGUCAUCUGCAAGAUUUUUGCAAACCACAGGAAGUUUUUCCGUGGAAGGUUGGGGUCUUUAGAGAAAAUCACUCACAUUUACACCUAUUCUACAAGUAAACACCACAUGUAUGUCACCUCACACCUGUAAGAGUGUUUUAACUGUAUAAUUGGUGGUGUAUCUGUAAAAGUGACUUCUCUAUGUGCCUUUUUAGGUCCGUAAAGCUGAGAUGAUACUUUUGAAUUAAUCAUUCUGUUUUGCAUUAUAGUGUCAAAGCUACUCUGUGCAUGUAGGCUUAGAUAUCCCUGGAUACUGGGUGAAUACUCAGCAUAGUGCUGCUCUGAGUUUUCCUAGUAAAAUAGGAGCAGAGAGAAAGAUGUCAUCACAGAUGGUUCAAAGAGAAUACAAAGUCAUCUGUAGCAUACAAUAUAAAUAGUGCUCUUAACAGGGAUAUCGUCCAAAAGCCUGUGUUAUCAUGAAUAAAGCACAACAGUGUAUCCCGCAAGCUUUGUUAAAGUGAGGGUACAAAGAGGAGAGGAGAUCUAGAGUAAGGUGAAUCAGAGAAGUACACUAAAAAAGGAGCUGAGUGAAAUAUCUAGUGACAGUUUUCUAUAUCCAAUCACAAUGAGGCAUCAGCGCCAUGAGUGACAAUACAAAUGCAAUAUUUUAAUGCCCCGCUAGGGCUGGGCAAUAACCGAAAAUUUACAAAUACCAAAAUUUAUGACAAUAACCAACGUCAUUCUGCCCACUUCAAUAUAUACUGUGUCAGGCUAUGGUCUCAUGUCCCUUUAAGACGCUGUCCUAUGCCAGAGAUGUGACUCCACCCCAUCCGGUCUGUAACAAAGAGGGAAAGACAGGUGAGGAGAUGGAGGACGGUUCAAAAGUUGUAGCAGCUGGAAUGGCAGCUGAAGUAGACGAAGUUAAUGUGGGAGGGGGUGAGCAGCUUGUGGAGUAGUUAUCGUCCAUUUAUCGUUAUCAAAGUGAAUAUAUCGUGAUAUUGAUUUGAGGCCAUAUCGCCCAGCCCUAGCUCCACCCCGCCAAUUUUCACCAGGAUAUUCUGUAUAAUGUUGCUUUUGUUUGUCAGAGUAAAAUGCUCUAGAGCCAGUGACUUGGUGAUAAAAGAUGACAGAAGUAACCCUGGCCAUUAAUAUAAACAUAAAUAUCGAGCAGCAUAAGUAUGGUAUCACCAUUAACAUUGUUUUUCUUGCAGCCCUUCCAACUAUCAUCCUUGUUUGUCUCCUCACAGGAUGUGGAGGUAAGUUAAGUGGAUGAGGCUCCAAUAAUAUGACAUGGGUUGACUGUCACACUAUUAGAAACAAUGAGCCAAAAGAAGGCCUCGGGGUCUCGGACUGACCAUUUAAUUCCCAGGCAUAGUAUCAGGGAGAGCAGAUAUGCAAAUUGCACUGUACCAAUACUUUCCAAAGGAAUGGCCUCUAAAGCCAUCUAGUGGACCGCAGUAGCAAUUACAUCACAUUUUCGUGAAGUCUCAACAAACUGGAUCGACAGUUGCAGUCUGAACUGUUUUUAACACGGAGAGUGACAUUUCUGAAUUGAUCUUGCAUCUUUAUUGUUCUCAUUUGCUAUUAUUCUGUUUACUUUUUGACUGUUCUACUUUUUCCUGUCGUGCCAAUUGAAAUCCUGAAGGCUACAAUCCUGUAGUGCCACAGUGACUCAUCCCACAAGGUUGCAAAUGUAUGAGGUAACACAUUGUUGCAGGGAAAUACCUUUCUGAAAACUUGUUUACUGUUGAGAGUGCGCUCUGGCAGUGUUUCAAAUGUUACGAAUGCUCCAGUUUACGUUGAUGUAACAGAGGAAGAAAAAGCAACUUUUCAGACAGUUAUGUUUCACUUUGACUCUCCACUGUAUGCAUCAGUCUUUGAAUCAGUCUUUUUCACAUAUGCACUCUUGAAAUUUUUUAAGAACUAUGCCCCCAUUAUCCCUGGCAGGAAAAAUUUGGGAAAAAAUCAGAGGUGAAAAUUUUAGCUGUUUGUGUACAUAAGUGUACAACCUCACUAUUUUGAAAGGCUUUUAGAAGUUUUCUGUGUGUACAAAUACAGCUCGAGACAUUUCUGUUACAAAACUUUCAGUGGUUUUAGGCAUUUUACAUAGCUAUUUUGGAGCUGCUCCAGAUAUCCUUCGAUCCGCAUUACCACACCCAAGAAAACAGCUUAAUCAGAUAGCUUCCUAUGAUGAAAAGGAUCAAGAACUUUCUAAGAAACUCACACGAUCGUAUUAAGGCUCCGGCUCUGCUCUCUAAGGAGGGAAAAUUUGUCUGGGUCAUUCCUCGAAUUCAACAAGAGGAUCAUUUAGAAGUUUGCCUUUUAGAAGUAAGGGAAAGCAGAAUUCUGCACAAAAAGUGCCAAAAAAAAAAAGAAGAAAAAAAAAGGAUCCUCCUAAUUGUAAUUUACUUGAAACUCCAGUUCAGUUGCUUCUGUUUUGUUGAUCUGUUUAGGCCCACAGAUAAUGUCUUUGAGUUAAGUAAGGCCCUUUUCAGGAAAGGUUUUCUACACUCAACUAUUGCAGAAAUAGUACUUUAGUUAUUAAGUGCUAUAGUUUGCAUUACAUGCUUACUAUCAAAUGUAUUUCAUUGAGUGGCUGACCAGCAUUUAAUUUUAUUUUCAUUGAAUUUCCCUUCAGGGAUUAAUAAAGUUCUUCUUAUCUCAUCUUUUACACUGCUCCCAUCCAUUUGCAGACACAGAUCCAUGGCCUGGAAACGAGCAUGUUUUGGCAGGAGCUUUGUCCCCUCUGCCAUUGCUCUUCUCAACAAUACACCCAGGUAGUGAUUGUGCGUGUGUCUGUGUGGGUAUCUGUGGGUUCACAGCGGACAGGUGGUAGAUAUUUCACCUAAUCGAAUGUGCUCUCUGCACAAACAGUGGCAGCAAAUUUCCCAGCUAUGUACCUACUCCUGGGGUUUCUUGACAUCAAAUUUAGAUUAAGUAAACUCUUGGUUUAAAAAAAUCUUUGGAAUUUGAUCCAGAUUAAAAAUAAAACGUUACAACACUUUGACAUUGAAUUUAAUUUUGGGUAGGGUAGAGUGGGAUAAGAUGAGCCAAUUUUGACAUUUCGUAUCACAACAUCAAUGCAAUCAUAGUUUUGUCUCUAACUAGUGUAUCUGCAUAUAUUUCAAGAUGUUGUGCAUCCCUGCAAACCAACAGAAUGAGUGUCAGAAUGUAUUUAAGUGAUUCAGAACAUUCACAGCUUUUGAAACGAAAAAGUAACACAUUUCAACAGUCUGAACUGAAACUCUGAUCCUCUCAUCAGACUCCUUUACUUUCUCAGUUGAUCCACUGGUUCAACUUACCCCAGAACUACUAUUAUGACUUUAUUAGUCCUCUAAGCUAAAAUGGUGGACUUUUAUGCUCGGUUUUUGACCUCAUGUUGUAGCUCAUAGAUACCAUAAUGGAUGUAAAACAGAUUUAAAAUGAUCUUUUUUGGUCUGAACACAAUUCUAAUAAAACUUACGACAGACUAAAUUCACUUUCAAGAGGGAUUUUUUUUUUUUUUUGUAAAUAAAUGUCUAACCCCUUCACCCAUGCGCUUCUAACCUUCACAGACUCCAUGAAUUGAUGUCCAUCACCUAAAUAUUUGGUCACAUGAUCGAUUUCUUCUACCAUUCCAAGCAACAGGAGGUGGCUCAACUUACCCUUUGACUCAACUUACCCCACCCUCCCCUAUUCGCUGAAAUCUUGUAGUUACCUUGAAAAUUUACCAACAGCCCUUCCUUGGUGUAAACUGGUUUGGCGAGGGCACUUAAUCGAUAACUUCGGUGACUUCUCUUGUCGUAUUGAUCAUCUUUGGCAACACAUGGGUGAUGGCUUCAGGUUGAUUGUGCAGAUGCUGAUCAUUUAUUUACUAUUUUUGGCCAUCACAUAGUCAAGUCGAGGCGUAACGUUAUCUAGUAACUACAUGUCAAACAUUGGCAAUGCAUUAAGAUAACCUGUACACAAGCUGGCUUCGGAUUUCUUCUGUAAUAUCUCAAACAGUUUCUUUUCCCUCUCAUGAGCCUCACUUGAAGCACCGCAGUGAUUUAUUCAGGGUCUGUCUGUCUUGGUUUUGCUGCAAACGGCACAUGGUAUUCAUGUAUGACGCAGGACCACCUCCUUCUCCAGGACCCGGCCCGUCUCUGUUUAAACCCCGCCCACAAAACCUCCUCAAGAAUCUGAUUGGCUCUCUGAAGACGAACCCUCCUAGAUCUAGAUGCAAUAGAUCGACAAUACAGUAAAAGAAGAGUAUGUGCUGUACAUCCUCGCUGUGAAUACAUAUGACAAGGUGGUAAGAAACGCGAUUAUUUUACUCAGAUAUUUUGACACUUGCAGAGACAUCAAAUGCUUACAUUACCACUGAAAAAUCUAAACAAAACUAUUCUAUAAUGUCUGUGAUAAAGUAGAAUUUAACAUAAAGCAGCUAAAAGAGAUAAACACCAUCUUAAAGUGUUCAUGUUAACAGGACAAUGUUUACUGUACAUGGUUUUAAUUUGUUCAAAGGUGUGUUGUGAGCAUAGACUGUAUGGGUGGCUGUAGAAAGUCUUUAAACAAACUUUAUUUGCUGAUCUCAAAUUGUUAAAUUUAAUUCAUUGUUAACUGCGUAUUUAUCUUUCAUUUUGACGUUGACAUUUCUUUUAGUUCUUCAGGUUAGCAUAGACUUUUAAAUAUCAUAAAUUAAUGUAAUUAACCCUAAACUUGUGUCUACAAAAUCAACACAUGUUCAUAUUUUAUGCAAAAAAAGGCUCUUUUAAUGGCAUGGAUAUUUAAAUAAGUAAACUCCUAUGAUAUAUUUAAAUAGUUUAUUUUAUGUGAAUUCCUAAAGCUACAUUGGGAGGACAGCUUGACCAUAACAUACAUAUAUUAGACUCACCUUGUUAACCAGGCUUUUCACUAAUUGCCUUUUAAUAUUUCUCUUAUUGCAAAUGUUCAUUUUAAUCAAAGUUCUUAAUGUUUUUUUUUAUGUCAUUUUAUUCAUUAUCUCUGUUCUUAGUCUUUUUCUUAAUUCCCGUCAUGGCUUUUUACUUCUUUUACCCCUUUUACAUGGUAAAGAGCUCUUGCUUAUCUGUUCAUUUUAUAUUAUUUUCUUGUUUUAGUCCAUCAGGUUUGAGUCUUUCUUUUGACCAUUUUUAUCCUUUAUCUUUAAUCUCCAGUGUUUCCCAAAGGUAGCUCUUUCGUCAUGUAAUGUCUCAGUGUCAGGCCAUGUCUCCUUAACAUUAUAUCUCAAAUUCUCAUACUGUGUAUCUUUGUGUGUGUGUGGGUCCAUGGGUGGGUGGGUGGGUAGGAGGGUUGGGUUUUAUUAUUUUUUUAAAUUUAAUGUUUAUUUUAUCAGGCAGUCUCAUUGAGAUAGAGAUCUCUUUUACAAGAGAGGCCUGAGAACAAGGAACAACACAUCAACACACAACACAACAAACAAACAAGAGGUAAAAAAAAAAGGAAUCAGUUAAAACAGUUACAGCAAUUACUGUAAACAUCAGACAACAGGUAUUUAAAAUCUCCAAGAUGAAUAAAAGACUCCAGUUUAAGGGCGGUUUGCAGCUCAUUCCAUUUAAAGGGAGCAUACUAAUUGAAACCAGUCCUUAGUACAGGUAUAUGGAAUAUCUAAGGUUAGAUAGUUACUGGAUCGUGUUCUGUAGCUACUAGGUUUAAAUAAAAGAAGAGAUGUGAGGUAGCUGGGAAGCUUCAACAGAAGAGCUUUAUAGAUGAAUAACAUGAGAUGGAUAUUUCUUCUCGACUGUAAAGAGGUCCAGCCAACCUUUUGAUAGAGGAAACAGUGAUGAGUGCGAAACGUGUCAUGAGUGAUGAGACGUAGUGCACUAUGAUACACAUGAUUUAACUGCUGAAGAGUUGAUGGGGCUGCAUGGCAAUACAAGAUGUCACCUUAAUCAAGGACAGACAUGAAAGUGGAUUGUACAAUGAUUUUUCGGUUAGGCGGUGAUAGACAGCCUUUGAUUCUGUAUAAAAAGCCCAAUUUAAUCUUUAAUUUUUGGGUUAAUUUCUGAAUAUGAGUCUUGAAAGAUAGAUUACUGUCUAGCCAAAUUCCUUAAUAUUUGUAAGAGUCAUUGAGGGCAAUUUGUGGGCCAUUUAGGGUCGUGAUUGUGGAAAGGUCCCAGAUUCUAAUGGUGGAUGAUGUUAUUGUUGAUAAUUGUUUUUUAGCCUCUGUGAGACACUUUGAACUGCAUUUUUUUGUGUUUUAGUACCUAUUUUUUAAAUGUACUUUCUUUCAUUGUUUGAUUUUAAGAGUUUUAUUUAAUUAACCUUUAACAUUUUAUCAUGGGUUUUAUCGUUUUAGUCCUAAAUCCAGUGUUUCCUCAUCUUUUUUAACUCAAGAUAGUGUUUCCUCAGUCAUCUGUGGCAAGUUGAAGAUUGUGUAUGCAUCUGUGUGUGUGAGUACUGUAUGUGUUGAAUGGGGGUUGGGGGAGUGGGUGGGCUUUGGUUAGUGUAUUUUUUAUUAUUUUAUUUCAUUGUCUUUUAAAAUCCAGUUGAAUUUGAACUUGAAUUUGAACAUAGAUAUACUGUACGUCUGUGGACUUGACUGUGUAGUCGUUUCUACUUUGUCUAUGUCUAUAGCGGAAGUGGCGGUCAGAGGUCAUUGUCCAAUAGUAACCCGUGUGCGCAUCGUCACAUCACCCCACUCUCUGCUGUUAAAGCGUCUGUCGGAGCUGCGUGACCUCACCGUGAUGUGAUUUUUUUAUCACCAUCAUCACUGGAGACAGAGAUGUCUGACAGACACAGUUAGUUUAUUGAUCGGUGGGAGUCAGCUCUUUCAGGAUUACGCUUCGGUUCGUCUCCACCGGUGAGUUGUUGUUAGCCUGGAUGUUUAUAGAAGCUUGUAGGUCCGCCGGUGGGUCGAUGCAGCAGGCUGCAGCCCGGUCCUGUAUUAACCUGCAGUGCGGUCACUGUGGAUUAUAACUCUGUUAGUUAGUGACCGGUGAGCUAGCUCACACCUACACCGCGAGUUCGAGCUUCUCUCCGGCUGCUGCUGCUGAGUUAGGGAAGCUAGCUCUGACUUGACAGGUGGUGGAAAUUAAACCCAACAUAAAUCAUCUAGGAAACAUGAUAUACGAAUUUGAUUAAAUCUACACAUUUUUGACUGACGGUUUCAUUUUGUGAUGCUCGUCUGGCUCACGUUUUCACUGUGUCUGGCUUCAGUGCUCGGCUUGUUUUUCUGGUCCCGCAACCAUCUAGCGAGAGGUAAGGUGUGCCUCACCUGAGAGCCAUCACUUCCAACCUAAAAACAAGCAGGUGAAAUAACAUGGAUUUGUAGCAACGUGAGGAGAAAACUGAGGCUAGCACGAUGGCAAUAAUAACCACAUCUUUAUUAACAGCUAAUGCUAUCUACUGCAGCUCUACCAUAGAGUCUAUUUACAGCAAGUUUUUAUCGACUUGAUCAGACGUUAUUACUGCACCUUAUAUUUAUAAAUUUCAAACGUGGUGGUGUUCCUAAUAUUUUGUCCAUUUCAUUAACCAAAAAGAGGGGAGCAAAAUACUAGGAACACCAAAACUGGAACUGAAAUAGCGUCAUAAAACUAGAACUUUUGGUAAAGAUGCUUUGUCGUGAUGCAUUCAGGGAUUCCUAACAUGUAUUUGUUACUACAACAGAAUAUCUUUUAAGUAUUAGCUGUAAUCUAUGUGUGCAGUUUUUAUCAACUUGACCAGACGUGAUUACUGCAUGUUGUAUUUAUAAUUUUUAGACGUGGUGGUGUUCCUAAUAUUUUGUCCAUUUCAUUAACCUGAAUGAGGGGAGCAAAAUAUUAGGAACUCCAAAACUGAAACUGAAUUAGCGUCAUAAAACUAGAACUUGUGGUAAAGAUGCUGUCUCGUGAUGCAUUCAGGGGUUUCCAAUGUUAUUGUGGGUGGAUGUAUUUGUUACCAUAACAGAAUAUCUUUGAGGUAGUAGCUGUAAUCGAUUUGUGCAGUUUUUCUCAACCUAAUCAGACGUGGUUACUGCACGUUGUAUUUAUAAUUUUAGACGUGGUGGUGUUUGUUAGCUGGACUGUGAUAAUGAUCAAAUUCCUAAUAAUUUGUCCAUUUCAUUAACCUAAAUGAGGGGAGCAAAAUAUUAGGAACACCUGCUAACAUGAUGUACUCCAGUUCACGAAUACCCACUAUAAGAUCAACAAAUAACUCAAAGAAGAGCUUAAACCUGUCUGGUAAUGUCAGCCAAAAUUGAAACUGAAAUAGCUCCAUAAAACCAGAACUUGUGGUAAAGAUGCUGUGUCGUAAUGCAUUCGGGUUUUCCUAAUAUUACUGUGGGUGGAUGUAUUUGUUGCUUUAACAGAGUAACUUUGAAGCUGUAAUUAAUUUGUGCUGCGAAAAGUUAAAGUUAGUCAAAAUAACAUGCCUUAUUUAACUCAACUGCGCCUUAAUCUUAUUAAAUUUAGUAAUAAUACUACUAUCAUCAUUGUGAUGCGCUUUGUUACCCCGAUCUUGAAAGGUGCAACAUAAAAUAGCACAUUAUUUCAAAUUUUUAAAUUUUCAUUUCAUUUGUAUUUUUAUUAUUAUUAAAGCUCCUACAAAGGAUUUUUGGCUUGUGUCAAUUUAUCUGCUUCUUACAGACAAAACAGUCUAAACUGAAUUUCAGUUGAAUGUGUAAAAGUUGAAUUGUUGUUAAAUUUUCACAGAAAUAUCAUAAUGCAGUAGUAGAACCAAUAAUCUGUAUAAUGCACCAUGCUCACUGUCUGGGUUCCGAUUUGGUAACAUGUUGUAAUGCUUUAUCAGUGCAUAAGUUUAUGUAACCCACUUUUGCAAGAAGACAAACAGUGGGACAUGCUGGUCUCGUGUCGCACUGACUGUACUCUGAUAUUUGGACUCUUUAUCUCCUCUAAAACGAUUGCCACCACUGUUGUGUCUCUUAACAGUAUUUGCAGCCUGUUCGUGUCGUCCAGUCAUGGCACAGCAGGACGGUGCUGCCAAGAAGAACCCAGCUGUCGCAGCUUUGCACUCUCACUUCAUUGUGGGAUCGGUGUCGGAGGAGAACUCGGAGGAUGAAAUCCAAGGGAAGCCUGAACCGCAGCUGGAGGGGAAGGAGAGCCGGUCCUUGUCACCAUCCUCCGUGAGCUCAGACAGCACCUAUGAAGCGGGAUUUGACCCUAUUGAUGGCCCUAUACACAACUUAAGGUUAGACGCUAAACUUUCUGUAUCUCUUUGAUUAAAAAGAUAUUGUAAUAGUAGCUGUUUCACUUGUUUUCUGUGUGCAGAACAAGCCUGCAGACCUUUUAGUUUUGUUUGGAACACUUAAAUAUUUUCCAGUAUUAAAUUUUUGCACAGUCUUCAGGACUUCAGACAAGAAGUAGCUUUUGCAGCUGAACGAUUUUGGGUUUAUUAAGAUUUACCGGAGUAGUUUCUUAAUUUCUCAUCCAUAGCUGAUUUAUUUAUAGUAGUUAAAGUGCAUGCAGAUAUGAGCAACAAGUAGGGAUCCUGCAGUUUCAAUGCUGUCUUCAGGCGUUAGUUGUUUGAGCAGGUUUGGGGUCCAUCAUGAGUACACUCUGUUCAUGCUGUGUACUCCUCCUUCUUUGCAGGGUUACCUUCUUUCGAUGCACGUGUGAAAAAAAGAAUGUGGUUUCAGUAGCUGCAGUGCAGGCUGCUAAAGGUUCCCUUGUGUGCUGAGUCUACCAAGGAAUCCUGGCUAUAAGUCAUAGGCUGCAUAAUGUUGGUUUUGGAAGGGUGCAAAUAUGCGUACACAGAGAAAUUCCCAUCCAAAAACGUUCAAAGGAACUUUGUGAUGCUGUCUGAACUUUGCAUAAAGCUUAUAUUAGCUUAUAUUCAUGUAAUUAUCAUAAGACUUCCCAAUCGUCUGUUUUUCAAUCAUUGUUUUGUCCAGUCUGGUUUAACUCGAUCAGUUUCACAAGAACCAAGAGUAUGAGAAAGUGUGGCAGAGGGGGGUUGCUGAGAUUUUCUUUGACAGGAGUUUAAAAACUGGAUGUUCUUGAUUUUGGGGGGUGUUUGCCUCCUCCACCCCCUCUAUCUUCUCUCUCAUAGGACGGAGCUGUGUCUCACUCCACAUCUGGAUUGGAAUCACAGCUUCCAUUCAGAGGGGGCUCAAUCACGGUAACCCCUCUAGUGAUGCAAUAAAACAGUAUCAGGCCACAGAAGCCAGCCAGCCAAACAAGCCCAGGCACUGCCACACCCUCUAGCUGAUAGUCGUAGGCCUCCCCCAGCACCAAUCAUUCCCCUCUUUGGUUUCUCUAUAGGUGGAGCUUGAUUUGAAUACACCGGUAACCGUUAAGCGCUAUUAGAGACACUUGCCCAAGCAUGUUAACAUGUUUAAAGUGACCUGUUACGCCAUGCAUAGUGUGAAACAAUGUCAGUAGUAACACUUAAAAGGGGGGGCAGGGGCUGUUUGUCUUCUUCAGGGUAUCAUUAUUGCCUGUUCACUUCUGCUUUUCAAACAUGCAAAUCAGUGUCAGCAUCCCCAUCGUAAACUGGUUCUCAAGGUUACAUUAACACUUUCCGUAAGGUGGCUGUAACUUACUUACAAGCUGUAAAGUUUAUGAUAGGAGAUCAGUAGCUCUCUUAUCUAUAUGAGGUGAUAUCAGCGUCUUUUUUCAUCUACUUGUUUUUUUUUAUUUUUUUUUAUUAGGUGAUGCAAGACAGAUCAUGACAGGUGGUUGGCAACAUAUAAACAGUACAAACAGACAGUGACUAGAACAACAGGGACACAUAACAUUUGGAAACAUUUAGAGGGUGUUGCAAGGCUGUGUUUGGAGUGUGGGUGGCUGGGUGGGUGCUUUGAUGUGUGUUGAGAAGUGUGUGUGUUUGUCCCCUCUUUUGUUGUUUUUAUUUAUUAUUAUGAUUACUAUUAUUAUUUUUUUCUCGCUCUCCUUUUUUUGUAUUAUUAUUAUUAUUAUUAUUAUUAUUAUUAUUAUUAUUAUUAUUAUUAUUAUUAUUAUAUUUCUAUUAUAAUUUUCUGUCUCUCUGUUUUUUAAAUUUAUUUUUAUUACAAUAAUUAAUAUUUUUGUAAUUAUUGUUAUGGCAUAAUGCUUACCUUUUCAACAAUUUUCAACAUUCAUCGACUUGGUUUAUAACAUUAGUUGUCUUCAAAGUUGCCACCAGAGGACAGGCGCUAUAGUUAGUUUCUGUUUGAUUUCUACACUGUAUUGUUUUGAACCUUUGAAAAUAAGAGCCUAUCGGCUGCCUGAAGCUCCAUCCUUUCCAAAACUGGAGGUGUCACAAAAAAACGCCAUUUAAUACAUUCUUUACGUGCUUCAAAACAGGCCAAGCAUGUCAGGGCUGCAUCUGGUCAAGCAAGGCCGAGAUCGCCGGCGUAUUGAUCUCCAGAGGGACUUCACUGUGGCCUCUCCCGCUGAGUUUGUCACCCGCUUUGGUGGAAACAAGGUUAUCGAGAAGGUGAGGGUUUUAAAGGGGGUGCUGUAACUGUUUCAAGUGGAAUACAUUACAGAUUAUUCAGGAAUUAAUCUCAGCAAAGCGCAAGUCGUUUGGUGUGUAAGAAAUAGCACAAAUCGUGAAAAGUAACAUUGCAAAUUUACUAUUUGCUUCUAAAGGUGCUUAUUGCCAACAAUGGCAUUGCUGCGGUCAAAUGCAUGCGGUCAAUCCGCCGGUGGGCCUAUGAGAUGUUUCGCAAUGAAAGGGCGAUCCGCUUUGUUGUGAUGGUGACACCAGAGGACCUGAAGGCCAACGCAGGUGAGCUUUAGCAUGAUGUCUCCCAACAUAAAGCUAGAGCCCUCAUAACUUACUGGAGACUUGAGUAGUUUGAAUUUAAGCAUUACAGCUUAUUCAAAGAAAAGUACCAUCAUGUUGUAACGGCGAGUGCAGUCUGAAAGAUUUGCUGUGUGCCCCACAGAGUACAUCAAAAUGGCAGAUCAUUACGUGCCUGUACCAGGAGGGACAAAUAACAACAACUACGCUAAUGUGGAGCUGAUUCUGGACAUUGCUAAACGCAUACCUGUUCAGGUACCAUCACACACCUAAUAUAUGGACAUGCAAAGUGAUUAGUAAUUGUGAAACUGAUGAAUUAUUGUGUUCCUUACAGGCUGUGUGGGCUGGAUGGGGUCACGCCUCAGAAAACCCCAAACUCCCAGAGCUGCUUCAUAAGAAUGGCAUUGCUUUCAUGGGUACGAGAGACUUCUUACAGUUAGUUGAGCUUUGAAAUCACUUUUAAACUGUCAGUUUACUUGAAAAAAAUAGCUUUUGUUUUCCUCGACUUCUUCCACAGGUCCCCCAAGUCAAGCGAUGUGGGCUCUGGGCGACAAGAUCGCCUCGUCCAUCGUUGCUCAGACAGCUGGAAUCCCAACUCUGCCUUGGAGCGGCACAGGUGGGCUAUAGCUAGCAUGGGGUUGAGGACUUUUCUUCAAUCUGGCUGUUUAUGAUUAUCUGUGAAACAAUAAAUAGGAUCUUUUCUCCUGCAAUUAGAGGUUCUUUAAGUUUCCAGAAUGAAUGAAUGCCAAUGUGGCAGUUUUUCCAGAUCCUUGAGAUCUCACAAGCAACGUUUGUGUUCUGACUCUGUAACCUGGUAAUCUGUCUCAGGCCUGACAGUAGAAUGGACAGAGAGCAACCAAAAGAAGAGGGUCAUUAACGUUCCCUCAGACGUGUAUGAGCUUGGCUGCAUCCAGGGUGUAGAGGAUGGCCUGAAGGUGAGCUUGUUAUCUAACUGACAGCUGAAAAUGCAAAAAAGUUACAUGUUCUUUCAUGUACAUGUAUGUUCUUGUACAUGUAUUUCUUUAAACUGCGUGUUUCAACUACCAGGCGGCAGAGAAAGUCGGCUUCCCUGUGAUGAUAAAAGCCUCCGAGGGAGGAGGAGGAAAAGGCAUCCGCAAAGUCAACUCUGCUGAUGAUUUCCCAAACCUCUACAGACAGGUUUGUGGGAACUUGAUCGUGUUCAGUUUGUUAUUUUCCCAAACUGAACACACUGUCCAAAUACGAACAGAAUCAAGUCAACCCAGGGUUUGACUACAAGCGUUUUGUUUCUCUUUGGUUUUUCAGGUUCAGGCAGAAGUCCCAGGGUCACCUAUUUUUGUCAUGCAGCUAGCCAAGCAUGCCCGUCAUCUAGAGGUCCAGAUCUUGGCUGACCAGUAUGGAAAUGCCAUCUCUCUGUUUGGCAGAGACUGUUCUGUGCAGCGACGGCACCAGAAAAUCAUAGAGGAGGCCCCUGCUACCAUCGCUACAUCUGAUGUGUUUGAGGAUAUGGAGAGGGUACAGCAUUAUUUGUAUUUCCACUCAGUCUUUGUAGGUUAAUACAUGAUCAUUUUCCUUGUUACAACCAAUUACAGUAAAACAUACCCACUGAGCAUUUUUUGGUCUAAAAGAGGUCUAAUAGACGUCUAAAUGUAGCCUAAACGACUGGUCUAAAAUCAGGCUACCACAGGUCUAAAAAUGAAAGUUUUUAGCUGUCUAAAUUUAGACCAAGUCUUAAUCUGGGCUAUAUCUAUACUACACUGUAUAUUGCUCAACGGCAUCAUAAUUACUUUGGUUAAGUACUUGGAGAUCAGUUAUACAACUCACACUUGUUUUUUUGAAAUAAAUAGUUAUUGAAUAAUGGAUUAAAGUGCAACAUCUAAAUUCCGUCUAAAAAUAUACAGAAUCUAGACGGUUGAAAUUAGGUCUAAAAAAAAACUAGACGUCUAAUGGCCUUCUAUUGCUCAGUGGGUAUCACUAAAAGGUAGAGAGGAUCCGGAAAUUUCUCUACAAACACGCACAAGGCCUUAAACCAACACUGGAUGCCCAUGAUCUCCAGGCCUUUUAGAGGCAUUGAAGUGACUGUACUGGAAAUCACUGAAUGGGCGCUCAGAAUCACUUCCAAAAAACCCUUGCCAGAUAACUUAGCUUGUCACUGCAUCCACACCCACAAAUACAUAUUAAAGCUGUACAAUGCAAAGACAGAAAACAUGAACACAAUCAAGAAAUGCCAGCAGCUAACAGACUUACAGAGUAGGGAUGGGAGAAAAAAUCGAUAUAGUAUAGUAUAGCGAUAUUUUGAUGUAUCGUAUCGUCUCAUUUACCAAAUAUCGAUUUUUUCAAAUUGAUUGCUAAUAUGUAGUCAAAUCUAUGAUAAUGGAAAAAUAAAAUCAUCUGUUUGUCCAGUGAGGUUGGCAGAGGUGAUAUCAUAGAACAGGAGAAAGAUACACUAACAAAUAUAGCAGCACCUGGGGAAAGACAUUAGGAAUGCUAGCAGGGCACAAAUGAGAUGGACCUGACACACAAGGUUUGCAAGAUGUGCUACAUGAAAAUGAAAUACUGUGUAAAUAAGACAAACAUAAAGGAAAGACAAAUGCUAAAUUAGCUAAACAGUUAAAAAAAUGGUAUAAAUCGCAAUAUAUUGUAUCGCAACAUCUUAAAAAUCGCAGUGAUAUCGUAUCGUGGGGCCACUGAUGAUUUCCACCCCUAUUACUGAGUAAAUGAAUCUUUAACAUAUUUAAACCUGUAUGUUAACUCUUUUUUUUUUUCUCCUUAGUGUGCAGUCAAGCUGGCUAAGAUGGUCGGCUAUGUGAGCGCAGGUACAGUGGAGUACCUCUACAGCCAGGAUGGCAGCUUCUACUUCUUGGAGCUCAACCCUCGUCUGCAGGUGGAACACCCCUGCACUGAGAUGGUCGCUGAUGUCAACUUGCCUGCGGCGCAAUUGCAGGUCAGCUUACCUCCCGCAAAGGCCCUGCAGCGCAUAUGUUGUUACAUCACAUACAGUGCAUUCAAGUUCACUACUGUCCCACAAAAGACAAAAUUAGCACGCUCCGUUGCCUGACACUAAACGGGCCCCCCCCCCGUGUCCAUGGCAACAGCCUGCAAAAGAGCGAGAUGAUUUGCAGAAACAUUGCAUUAGAUGCGGCGUUAGUAGCAGCGGGUGGUCACGUGGUGCAGUUCUGCAGUGUUUGGGAUUGUGUGUAAAUGGGUCAUUGGCAGUCAAGCUGAAGGGCAGCGUGCUGGGAAAGCUUUGUAGGCCGGCUGUUUGGGUGUUACAGUGGGAGUGACGUACACUGUCUGGCACAGAGGACGAGUGUUUCUUCAUUCCAGGCAACAAGAAAACUCACUUUCUUUCAGGAAGAUGUUUAUAAGUUGUGUACAAAACCGUUGUUGAAAAUUAUAAGACAAGCACUCUGGUAUUCAAGUGCACAUAUGAUGCAAUCUGUUCAUAAACCGGCGUAAUACUCACUCUGCCAUGUCUCCUCAGAUUGCCAUGGGUAUACCUCUUCAAAGAAUCAAAGACAUCAGGAUGCUUUAUGGGGUGCAGCCCUGGGGAGACUCUCCCAUUGACUUUGAGGGUCUGUCUACGGCCCCCUCCCCUCGGGGACAUGUCAUCGCUGCUCGAAUCACCAGUGAAAAUCCUGACGAGGUGAGCCUCACUCUCUCCUGGCUGAAACACAAAACCCUCCCAGCUAAAGGUUACAUAGAGUCUAGGAUUUCUGUUAUGGUUGUUUUUAUUAAACCUCUCACUUUGUAAUCCUGUUGUACCAUAAAUAAAGACCCUUGUUGUGACUUUUUUUAAAGGUCAAGUCCGCUGUUUUUUUAGUUGUUGCUGUGAUGUGUUUGCAGGGUUUCAAACCAAGCUCUGGGACAGUGCAAGAGUUGAAUUUCCGCAGCAAUAAAAACGUGUGGGGGUACUUCAGUGUUGCAGCCGCUGGAGGGCUGCAUGAAUUUGCUGACUCCCAGUUCGGACAUUGUUUCUCAUGGGGGGAGAACAGGGAAGAAGCAAUCUCGUGAGUACAAUCUUAAACUAUGCUUGUGUCAGAAUCUAAAGUUUUUGUUUUUGGAGGUUUUUAGUUACAUCUCUGUCUUUUUGUUGCUCCAGCAACAUGGUGGUGGCUCUGAAGGAGUUGUCUAUCAGAGGAGACUUCAGGACCACAGUUGAAUACCUCAUUAAGCUGCUGGAGACUGAAAGUUUUCAGCACAACAGCAUUGACACUGGCUGGCUGGACAGGCUCAUCUCAGAGAAGAUGCAGGUACACCGCGAAGUGUUCCUGCUCUAAACAUUUAAUAUAUAAAAAAGAACUGCCUCAAAUACGGAUCCUUCAAAACCACAUAGCAGGAGACUGGUGAGAUUUAGUGGAUUGAAGAGUUGAAUGUGUGUUUUGUGCAGGCGGAGCGUCCCGAUACCAUGCUGGGAAUUGUCAGUGGUGCUCUUCAUGUCGCAGAUGUCACUCUGAGAAACAGUGUGUCCAACUUCCUUCAUUCCCUGGAAAGGUAAAAACAUGUUGUGUCGUGGGUGAAAUGAAACUUGUGUAGUGUUUGGAUAGGAAACAUGACAUGCUCUUGACUCUCUGUCCAGGGGCCAGGUGCUUCCAGCACACACUCUCCUCAACACUGUAGACGUGGAGCUGAUCUAUGAAGGCACUAAGUACGCUCUGAAAGUGACCCGCCAGUCUCCCAACUCCUACGUGGUUAUUAUGAACAACUCAUCUGCUGAGGUGGACGUACACCGCCUCAGUGAUGGAGGGCUUCUGCUGUCUUAUGAUGGAAGCAGCUACACCACCUACAUGAAAGAGGAGGUGGACAGGUUAGAUUCAUCCUUGGUUUAAUGAUUUAUCGGCUGAAGUAAUCAACCAGUUUUGACCUUAAUUAAAUUGUUUGAUAAGCUGGUGUAAUCUGGUUCUUUUUCAUCUAAAAUAUGUUUAUUUUUUUCUUUCUUACAGGUAUCGCAUCACCAUCGGGAACAAGACUUGUGUCUUUGAAAAGGAGAAUGAUCCUUCACUGCUGCGAUCUCCUUCAGCAGGGAAACUUAUCCAGUACACAGUUGAAGAUGGCGGCCAUGUGUUUUCAGGCCAGUGCUAUGCUGAAAUCGAGGUACAGCGUGCAGUAAUGAAUAUGACUGUUGCAAAGUCUACUGAAAGACAAAAAUACCUCAAAUGCUCUUUAUUUUUACCUAACGAUUAGUAUAGAUGUAAAUUCUGUGCUUGUUGAUUCCAGGUAAUGAAAAUGGUGAUGACUCUCACAGCUGCAGAGUCUGGUUGUAUUCACUAUGUGAAGAGGGCUGGAGCGGCGCUGGAACCAGGCUGUGUCAUCGCCAAGCUGCAGCUGGAUGACCCGAGCAGGGUGCAACAGGUACAAACAAGUAUAUGUCUUAAAAAUGUGAAUAUGUGCAAGUACUUUUGGGGAAAGUUACAGGCUGUCUAACUCUCUAAUUUUAAGUUGCAUAGUAGACUUUACUUAAAGAAGGUCUAUAUACGAUACAAUACAAUAAUACGAUAUGAUAAUACGAUACACUUUAUUGUCCCCUUAGGAAAAUUAGUCUUGGACUCCAAGAGCUGCACAGUUAAAGCUGCCAACUUAUGGCACAAAUUACUAGACCUGACAAAGACACAGUCACACAACCCAUGCACAUUGCACGUACAUAAAUACAUAAUCAAUAUUCAGAUUAUGAUAAUUCAACAAGAUCAGUCUACAAUCAUAGCCCCAGCUUAAUGUAACAUGUCUAUGAGGAGCAAUGCAUUAUUCACAUAAAUGUCAGCUGAUGGUAAAAAGGGCAAUAAGGAUGUAAUUUAACUGGUUGAAAUGUUCAUUUAGGUUUUGUCCACCAGCGAGUAGCAUCAGUGGUAAAAACUGAAUAUUAUUUUUGCUGUCCGCCCCAUCAGAUACCAGGAUGUUGUGUUGCUCUGUAACACACAGAGAGGUGCUGAUAAAUUUUUAAUCCUGCCACUUAGAAGUAUAGUUCUUCUGCUGAAUGCUGUUUUUCUUAUUCUAUAUAUAGUGCAGCAAAGUAGAGGAUGCUCUUGGACUAUAACAGGAUAAUGAUACAGCAUAUUUGCAGUUCAAAUGAUUCACUCAGUAUUUAAAUCCUUAUUAUUGUCAUCUUCAUAGCUGUUUAAAGCCAACUAAAAAAACCUGUGAACCUGAUAUAUAAGUGAUUGGGAUAUGUGCACUUUUGUUUAUGACAAGUCAAUUCAUAAAGUCAAGAAAUAAAUGGUGCAGGAAAUAGAAAAUGAUGGUUUAAUAAUCUGAAGAUAAACAAGCUUAUGUUUAUCAGACUGUCAGGAGGCAUAAUUAAAGUUGGAGGAGUAUCUUACUUUACUUUCGACUUAAGUAUAAUCUGCAGCUUUCUGGUCAAAGCUGCAAAAAGAUUUGAGUUUCUUUGAAACAGCAGCUGCUUACUUAUUUUAGAGCAGUGUUGUUUCUUUCUUUUGGUCUAAAUCAUUGGGAAUUCUUUUGUAUCACAUAUCAGCCUAUGCAUGACAAGACUGUCAAAAACACAUAUGAGUCUGUUUGGUAAUUAAAAGAUUAUCUAUUUUUAUUUGUCUUCUAGGCAGAGCUGCACACUGGGGCCCUGCCGACUAUUCAGGCUGUGGCCUUGAGAGGAGAGAAGCUCCACAGAGUCUUCCACAACACACUGGAUCAUCUUGUUCACAUCAUGAAUGGCUUCUGCCUCCCUGAGCCUUUCUUCAGCGCUAAGGUAGAAGUUCAGUCUGACUGGUUACAUUUUAACAGCAACUCUCGUAACUGAAAGCGAUUCUCUAAAAAACUGUCUCCUGGGUCUGCCACAGUUGAAAGAGUGGGUGGAGCGGUUGAUGAAGACCAUGCGUGACCCUUCUUUGCCACUGCUGGAGCUUCAGGACAUCAUGACGAGUGUGUCGGGUCGCAUCCCCCCAGCCGUGGAGAAGGCUAUCAAGAAAGAGAUGGCGCAGUACGCCAGUAACAUCACAUCUGUGCUCUGCCAGUUCCCCAGCCAGCAGGUGACUAAUCAACAAAUACACACACCAAGUUAAUGAGAGUUUGUCUUCUGCAUACCAUGUGGCUAAAGUUGGUAUCCGUGGUAACUGUGGAUCCCUGAGAACAAUUAUUGUUUAUGAUGCAAAGUAAUCAUUAAAGUUGAGGGCGAAGAUCCGCAUAUUUUUGUAGGUUAAGUGUCAUUCAUUAAAGAAAGGUGUCUUUUUUUUUCUCUUUUUUUAAUUAACAUUUAAAAGAUGUAUCAUUGUCUCAUAAAUGUUCCCCACACUCUGAAAAAGCAAACAAUAAUAUGACUUAUAGUGAAAAGUUGCUUUCAAACACCACUAAAUUAAUUUAUCUAGUUGAAAAUACAAUCUUACCCCUGAGCUGGGACCUACUUGUUGGGGGGGUCAAAGGUGCCUCUGGGAUUAAGUGCUCACCAGCCUCUGCUUCCACAGGGAUUAUAUGCUUGUAUUGUAAUCUUUCCUCCUUCUAGAUUGCAAACAUCUUGGACAGCCAUGCUGCUACUCUCAACAAGAAGUCAGAGAGAGAAGUCUUCUUUAUGAACACACAGAGCAUUGUUCAGCUGGUCCAGAAGUGAGUACAACAGCUCCACCAGACACUAAGUUCAAAAGGUUUAUUCUGUAGUUUUGAACAUGAAUUUAUAUCUGGUUUUCUUUGUCACCUGAUCUUCUGUUCCACGUAGAGAUUAUACAUCUUUUGCCGUCAGCUGUAUAACGCUGCAUAGUUCUUUGUGUCAGUCCAGACUGCUUGUCUCCAUCAGGUAUCGCAGUGGUAUUCGAGGUCACAUGAAGGCCGUGGUGAUGGAUCUGCUCAGGCAAUACUUGAAAGUAGAAAUCCAGUUUCAGAAUGGUAAGAGAUCAAACCUUAUUAUAGGUUAAUGUAGUUGUUUUGAUUUUUUUGUUCAAGUUUCUUUUCUUUUUUUUUCCAAAGAAGCUGCAAUGCACGUUCUUACCACCAGGUGGAGCCCUGUCCCAAUAGCUCUUUGUGCUGUUUCCUAACAGCUCAGCAUUUGUGACAGCAGUUUCCCUGUUCAGGGCUAACCAGAGCUUUCCUUUGUUGAUUUUUAUCAGGACACUAUGACAAGUGUGUGUUCGCGCUGCGUGAGGAAAACAAAGGCGACAUGGCCAACGUGCUCAACUACAUUUUCUCUCAUGCUCAAGUCACCAAGAAGAACCUGCUGGUUACUAUGCUGAUUGUAAGUUUCUAUCUUUCUCAGCUUAGCUAUUUUAGAAAUAAAAACAACUUCUAUUUUGAGAUUUUUCCUUUGAUAUGUUACAUUUAGUCCUAAAUCAAACUCAUUUUCAAACUUAAGUAUCACCCUUAUCUGGCCAGGAUUAUGAUUACUGAAGUCUGUAAUGGUUUAAGAUCAAGUUGUUAUUUUAAGCUCUUUAUACAUCUUUUUACAUCUCCAUGGGAUAUGAUGUUAUUGGGUAAAAUGAUGUGUAACAUAUUCUCCUUUAUGUGUAGGACCAGCUGUGUGGUCGUGAUCCCACACUGACUGAUGAGCUGAUGGCCAUCUUGACCGAACUCACACAGCUCAGCAAGACAACCAAUGCCAAGGUGGCUCUGCGGGCCCGACAGGUGAGAUCAAAGCUCCACAUUUAGUAUUCCAUUGAAAAAACUAUAAAUGACUUUCUGUGCGUUUACAUACACUCAAAAUUACAGCUAGUGAAAAAACAGCAAACGGUCUAUGUAGAAUCUUUUUAUAACCCACUGUUCUGUGUGAAGUACAUGACAAAGAUCCGGUUAUAAACCUAAACAUUCUGACUUCACUGAUAUCAGACCUGCUAUGCACGAGCGUGUGAGGACAUGAGAUGGAAUGAAAAUGAGGAAUGGGACACACAGCUCCACAUAUUUUCUAAAAACAUGAAUGAAAUCAGGGGAAUAAAGUCUCAGCUCCAGCUCGUGUUUUUAUAUCAUAGAGUUUAAACAGCAUAUAUGGUAUCCACAGUCAGGGAAGUCCUGAGUACCAGUCCUAAAAAGAACGCUGCAAAAGUGCAGUGAAAAAAGCAAAGAGGUGAAAACAUUCGUCGCAAACAAAUGUAUUUAUGUUUUUUCCUGUCAAGUCCAUGUUUGCUUGUGUAGGAUUUCUGUUCAUAUUAAUUAGAUACUGUUUCAAUAUACAAACAGUUGUAUACAUUUAAUGAGGGGCUAGAUAAUAAGUUUAUGCAUCGCAGAGAAUGGACUCUUGCUAAAUCAAAAAGAAAAGUUGAAAGAUAUGCAGCCUUGCGUGCCUGCAUCAGAGUUCUCACACACUGUGUGGUUUGACGGUGGGACAUCAAUAAAUCAGCUGAUAUACAAAUACUGAGUUAAUAAAACAGAAUGAUACUUCCUUAUAUUUGAUUAUUUUCACCCAGAGUUGGACUUUAACUGAAACCAACAUUUUAUGUUUUUAUGUUGAAAUCCUGCAACAAAGUGUAAUAACAAAGAAAGCUGCAAAAUAUUACACUGCACUAAUAGAUCAACAGAGUUUUUACAGUUCACGUCAGUUUCUUUUUAAAACUUAAAAAUGUUCAAAUUUAAAUAAAGUUUUAUAACGAGAAAAAUCGAAUACAGGAAUUAUUUUGCUGUAUUAAUCCUCAGCCUUGGGGGUGAUAAUUUCACCACUAGAUGUCACUGUCAACUCUUAAUAUGUUCAGCAUCUCAAACUGAAGUGGAGAGCAUGCCAUUACUAAAAUAAAACAAUAAAAACACAUUAAGACUCCAGCAUUUUCUUCACUCCCUUAACUCAGGUGUUGAUUGCCUCCCACCUCCCCUCUUAUGAGCUACGGCACAACCAGGUGGAGUCCAUCUUCCUCUCUGCCAUCGACAUGUAUGGACACCAAUUCUGCAUUGAGAACUUGCAGGUAGGCAAUGAUGAAAGUUCAGUUGAGGCUUUAUUUGAUAUUCUGAAAAUGGAAAGUGUGAAGCUGACUAAUCUUUUUAAAAAUGUUUUUCAUAGAAACUGAUCCUAUCAGAAACCUCCAUCUUUGAUGUUCUGCCCAACUUCUUCUACCACAGUAACCAGGUGGUCAGGAUGGCUGCCCUCGAGGUCAGAAGCAUUACAAUCUCACUUAAGAGAUCCAUUUGACUUGACCUCUUUCAACGACUGUUGAAAUGCCGCAGAUCUACUCAAAACCAUUUGUCCUCUGCAUCCAACAACCGCAGGUGUACGUUCGAAGAGCAUACAUUGCUUACGAGCUCAACAGCGUUCAGCAUCGACAGCUGAGGGACAACACGUGUGUAGUAGAGUUCCAGUUCAUGCUUCCUACCUCGCACCCCAACAGGUAUUGUGACACCAGAAAAAAACUGCAGCACUCACAUGCUAUGCAUCACGUUUUAUGCAGCUCCCCCAACCUUAAAAGGCACUGUGGACGGCAAACUUCAUACAUACUGUUCAACAUCUUAGACCAAACGCCAGCAUAUUAACUUUAUAUCAGUGAGAAUAUUAAUGGAAGCAGUUGCGUCGAUCUUUUAUCACAUAAACUGCAUUUCCAUGAAGCCAUUAGCGUUUAUUGGUGGUUCUACAUUGGUCUUUUUAUUCUGCUACACAACGGUCUAGGUGUUUGUGCAAAAGUGGGCAUGUAUCCCACAGCCUAGAAAUGGUUUAUUUAUUAUUAUAUCACUAUUAGCAACAACAAGGAUGUUUCUACUCUUAAGUCUGAAUCACACUCUUUUUGUGCCAUAACUCAGGGCAGGGCGAUAUGGCCUUGAAUCAAUAUCAUGAUACACUGAGCAGUUCACCUCGAUAUCGAUAAAUGGACGAUAACUACUCCACAAGCACCUCAUCCCCUCCCACAUUAACUUCGUCUGCUCCAGCCGCUACAACUUUUGAACCGUCCUCCAUCUGCUCGCCUGUCUUUUCCUCUUUGUUACGGACUGGAUGGGGUGGAGUCACGUCAUCCAAAACCAACUUUUUAUCUAUUUAUUUUUUGACACGGAUUAUAUUGACAUGGGCAAAAUGACAUUGGUUAUUGUUGUAAAUUUCAGUAUCGGUAAAUUUUCGGUUUAUCGCCUAGCCCUACCAUAACUGUACUAAGUGAUGACGAUCACUUAGUAAACCUAUGCAUGGUGCCACAGUCCCUCUCCCACAACCCCAGCUGUAUGUCACUGUUCAUAGUUGUUCUCCAUGUAAAUGCUCCUCAUGUGCAAAAGAUGUUAUUUUUUUGCAAAGACCAAAAAUACCUCUUGGUUUGUCAGAAGUAAGUGAGUCAUAUGAACGACAAAAAUUCCCAGCCUCAACAGUCUCAUGUCAGUUGCCCGUCUCUGUCAGUCCACAGGGGCAUGAUAGGCUGUACGAAACUACAGAGACUCUGAGAGAGACCAAAGACAAACUUGGGAUUUGCCUUGUACAUGCACAGCAUUUCAAAAAGCUUGUAACAGAUGAAGCCACCUGGCUCUUCUGCAUCCACCCUGUGUGUCUGUGUUCUGUUCGUUUAUGUGCGGAUGUGUGCGUGUCUGAGUAUUUGUCGUUUUUUUUACAUUCACACAUGUUCUUGCAUGCUCAUGAUUUCCCACGCCUGCACUAACCCUCACGUGCGAACUAAGGACAGCAUGGGAGUUUGAACCGAUCCUCUGUCUUUGUUCAGAGUCAAACUCUGGACGAGGAGGCUUGUGGAUCUGAUGAUGCAUGUUUUAAAAGGGAGCAGUCAGGAAGUGAAAUGUGUGUUACGGAGCUACAAAGUUAAACCGAGUUUACUUCUGUUUUCAUUCAGCUGUUCAUUGUCAUUAAAUAUAUAUAUAUAUAUAUCAAUCUCCUUAAAGGAUAGACACACAUUGCUAAACCUUGACUGUCUUCCUCUCCUGAUGCCUGCCACUAACCACUUGGUAAUCAUUGUUGUUUAAUUGCAGAGGGAACAUCCCCACUCUAAACAGGUAUUGUAAACAUUCUUUCAUUGCUUAGAUUACUACUGGCUGUAGACUAGCUAGCUGCAUGUCAAAAUAGCUAUUAAUCUUGUUAAUUGGUUUGGUGAUAAGGUAAAGAGACAAAGCUUGUUUGGUGCUUUUAAAUGUACAAAAAUGAAACUGUUAAUAAACUCAGAAGUUAGUCAGAUUCAGUAACACAAUGUCUCUGGUUACUGACAAAAGCAUGCCUAUUAGCAUUCAGUCUCUGUGUCAAGCAUUUCAAGUCUGUGUGUGUGUGUCUCUGUGAAAGACUCUUUUUUGUUUUUCUAACUUGAGCGUGUGUGUAUCUGCUUCAGUCAGUUUGAGAGAUUCGGUAUAACAUGGGGUUUACAGCGGUCUGAGACCACUUCAAAUCAAAUGCUGGGAAUGUUGUACACCAGUGCAAAUCUCUUGAACUGAAAAACCCUGUGACUGUCCUGCCAGGAAAAUGUCUGUUCCCGUCCUGGACAUUUCAAAAGCCAAGAACACAAAAUUACAGGAAACUAAAGACCAGGACCUAAACGCUCAAGAUAGCAAAUCUCAGGAUGAUAAAGCUGAGAAGAGAAAUGCAUCCGAUUUGGAUUCUGUGGACAGGUUUGAAACAAACAAAAACUAAAUUUCUAUCAGUGGGUGUAAUUUCUGGGAAAAUUUCUUACAAUUCGACUAACAUCCAACAAAACAGAGCAUCAAUUCUUCAAAGGGUGUUUCUGGUGUUUUUUUUUAAUUUCCUAGCUCCUUUAAAAGGGACAUUUUUAUUGGUUUGAUUUCCUACCACAUGGUCUGCCAUAAAUCCUUAUCAUAUAAUGCAGCUGUCACGGUGUUCACGUAAAGUGGUGUAAUUUUUUGAACUUGUUCUUGAGUAAUCAAUUCUCACUCAGUUUUUAUUCAAAAAAUCUCCAUCAAUCAACAUGUGAAGUUUUGAAGUGCUUACUACAAAUUCAGCAUUUUAGAUUUCUGAGGAACAAAAAGUGGAAUAAAAACUGUGGUGAGCUUCCUAAAUGUGGGAUGUCUUCUGUCUCUUCCUUUUUAUGCAUUUUUCCAUAAUAAUUGUUCCCUCUCAAUACUCUAGGAUGUCAUUCUCAUCCAACUUAAACCAUUACGGCAUGGUGCACGUAGCCAGCGUCAGUGAUGUCCUGCUGGACACCUCUUUCACACCACCUUGUCAGCGCAUGGGAGCCAUGGUCGCUUUCCGCUCCUUCCAGGAGUUCACCAGGUCAGUCUAAGAAAGAAAGAGGGCUCUCAAGUAAAUCAUAUUCAUGUGGUAAUAUAAUAUGAUAAAGAAGUAUAAUCACAGGAAAGUAUGAUGUUUUUUCCUACACAGGAACAUCACGGAUGUGCUGAGCUGCUUCUCUGACUCUCCCCCGCCAAGUCCAACAUUCCCAGAAGGAGGAAAUCCUGUCCUGUAUGGUGAGGAGGACAGCAAGGUAAUGACAGACUUCUGGAUGUUUAUGACUUUAAGUACAAUAGAUAUUCAUCAAUUAGAUUAAAAAAAAAAUGUGAUAAAACCUUUUUAUACAACAGUCUCAAAGGGACUGUGAUGCCUUUUAAGAUAUGUGGUUUUGUGUGGUGUACUGUCAUAUUUAGAUUGUUUUUAAUGAUUCAGUAGCUGUUUUUCCUUUAUUGUUUGUGUUGCUUGUUUUUUGACUUUCCCACCCAGAGAUCACAGAUGUAAAUUAGCUUUAUGGCUAACUUUAGCUCAGCUAUGAAACAGGAUUAGGGCCACAUGAAAGGAAAAAAAAUAAUAACAGGAAGGAUAUUAAAGUCGAAAUUUCGAGAAUAAAGUAGAAAUUUUGAGAUUAAAAAAAUGUAAUGAUGUCAGUAAAGUCAAAAGUUUGAGAUUAAAGUUAAAAUUUUUAGAUUACAAAAUGUCGUGAAUGAUGUUGAAAUUUCGGGAUUAAAAAAUAGACAUUUUGAGAUCAAAGUCAAAAUUUUGAGAUUGCAAAAUUGAAUGAAUGUCAAUAAAGUCGAAUUUCGAGGUUAAAGUCGAAAUUUUGAGAUUACAUAAUGUUGUCAAUAAUGUUGAAAUUUCGAGAUUAAAAUAAUUGUUUUUUUAAGAUUAAAGUCGAAAUUUCAAGAUUAAAGUUGACAUGAAUAAAGUCGAAAUUUCAACUUUUUAAAAUGUCGACUGUAAUCUCGAAAUUUUGACUUUAAUCUUGAAAUGGAAACCUAAAAAAUCUCCCUCCUGUAAUUAUUUUAUCCUUUUCUUGUGGCCCUAAUCCUCUAUCGUUCUCAGCAGGUCGUGUUGUGUCAAACAAACUAAUAAACUAAAAAUAAACUCACUCUCCAGAGUGUCCAGGAUGAGCCGAUCCAUAUCCUGAACGUGGCUAUAAAGACGGACAGCGACAUCGAUGAUGACGGCCUGGCUGCCAGCUUCAGAGAGUUCACUCAGUCAAAGGUAGGAGUGGUCUGCUGUAAAGCAACUUCUGCAGGAGGAUAAAACACUUUAAAGUAUAAGAUCUCAUGUUGUCAUUUGUCUUUUUCAACAUUUUAGAAAUCUCUGCUGUUUGAACACGGCAUCCGUAGGUUGACCUUCCUAGUAGCCCAGAAGGUGAGAGCCCUGAUUUCAUAAUAACAAAACUGAUUCCCUGUCUUCACAACUGGCUGCUCUGCAUGUCACCAGUUCAACAGUUCUGAAUAGCAUGUAACAGAAUUUUACACAUUAAUUGUCUUUAAUUUUUUCUUGUACGAUUACUAAUACAUUUGACUUAACUGAAACUGAUUGACUGACUAUAGUUUCUGUCAUAAUUGGCACAUAAAGUAGCUUAUUCUCUUGUUUGUCUCUGUGUCUCUUUCUGCAUGCCUUGCUUUUGCUGCAUUUAUGAUGACAGGAUUUCAGGAAGCAGCUCAACUGUGAGGUGGACCAGAGGUUUCACGUAAGUAAAGCGAGACAGAGGUGCUGGGCAGAGAGGGCUCUGAGUUGAAUUUCAUUGCAACAAUAUCAGACACAUCCUCCCAAAAACCUGCACAUUAGAUACUGAGACAGUCAGUUUUGACAUUUGUUUAUAACAACGUUGUCAUUGACCAAAAAGAAGCUAAAUUGAUAAGUAAAUAAAAAACACUUGUAUGGGUUUUUAAGUGGGGUCCUACAACUCAUUUGUUUUUAAUAGAGGCGUACAGAUAUCUGUGAAAAAAGGGAAAUGUGGUAUUCAUAAGUCUUGAGGUGCUAUUUAUACAUCCUGUUAUCAUUAUUACACUAUAUCUUAGUCUGAUUGAAUACACAGAGAUUCCCUGAUCAAAAACAGCAUUAGCACAAUCUAUGCUGAUCAGUGUUCUCAUCAUCACUGCAUAAUAAACUAAUGAUACCGGUCACAUAGUCGUGUAGUGAUAUAAGCCAAUCACAGAGUAGAUAGUGUCAUCUGCUAUAAUACAUUUACAAUCAAUAGGUGUCUGACUAUCAUUAUUAACACUUCUGUGCUUACAGCUUUGUUUUUGUCAAGCUGAUUUUGAUUUAUUUUCAUUCUUUGUUUCUCUUCCUGUCAAUUUUCCACACAGAGAGAAUUCCCCAAAUUUUUCACAUUCCGUGCCAGAGACAAGGUGAGUUUUUUUUAAAUCACUAAAAUACGGUUAUAAAAGAUUCCUAAGUCUGUGUUUUCACUUUCAUGAAUGACCUGGUUUAUUAAAACACAAAGGGAUGAAGAUAUAUUUUAUGCACAUGUAUCAGAUAAACAAAUUCAGACUUAUUGAUCCAUCUUCUUGUGCCUAAACACUGAGCAGAUCCAUGUCAUGGUUGUAGAAAACAACCGUUCUCCACCUCUAGUACUUCUUAAUUUCAUUCUAUCACAGCCAUUGACAACUUUUUUUCUCAGCUCCCACAAUAGCUCUACCAAACUCAUUAAAGUAAUUAACUCUUAAAUUAUGUCUCCCAUUUCAGCUAAAUGACACCCAUUAGACGCUCCUGAGAUUGAGAUUGGCUGUGAUUUAAUUUACUCCAUUAACUAUGUGACUCUCAGGCAUCUUUUUACUCUUGAUUUACCCCUGAAAUUUGCGAUUCGAAACACUUAUUUAUAACAGGCUCAGAAAAAACUGUCCUGACAGUCUAAAAAAAUGUAAACCCACACUUGUGUCUGUCGUGUUUCUCGCCAGUUCGAGGAGGACAGGAUCUACCGUCACUUGGAGCCGGCACUCGCUUUCCAGCUUGAACUCAACCGCAUGCGCAACUUUGCUCUCACUGCCAUUCCAUGUGCAAACCACAAGAUGCACUUGUACCUCGGUGCGGCUCGUGUAGAGGUGGGCACAGAGGUCACGGACUACCGUUUCUUUGUGCGAGCUAUCAUUCGCCACUCUGACCUCGUCACAAAGGUAAGUAAGCGGAAGAACAAGACGGCUUUUAGAUUCUUGCACACGAUAUUUAUGCUUUUUGUGUUGGUUUUCACAAAGAUAUCAAACUUGUCCCCAAACUUAUUAGGAGGCGUCUUUUGAAUACCUUCACAAUGAGGCUGAACGUCUGCUACUGGAGGCCAUGGAUGAGCUGGAGGUUGCUUUCAACAACACAACUGUACGAACGGACUGUAACCACAUCUUCCUCAAUUUUGUCCCAACAGUCAUCAUGGACCCGUCAAAGGUUUGUGAACAUAUCUCACUGUUAAAUUUCUGAUCAGGUCCAGAUAAUCGCUGUUAUUCUUAAUCUACUCUUCUCUACAAACGUCAGAUCGAGGAGUCUGUGCGCUCCAUGGUGAUGCGUUACGGCAGCCGUCUGUGGAAGCUGCGUGUCCUGCAGGCCGAACUGAAAAUCAACAUUCGCUUGACUCCAACAGGGAAGCAAAUCCCAAUCCGCCUCUUCCUCACUAACGAAUCAGGUUACUACUUGGACAUCAGCCUGUACAAGGAGGUCACUGACUCUCGAACGGGACAGGUGGGGCCCAAAGAUCGACAGGUGGGGCACUCAUCCAUCAUCCAUCUCAUCCACUUAAAGUCCACCUGCUGGUGUGAAGGCAUUAGCUCCAUCCUGAAAACCUCCGCUUGUAUAGUGCAGUUAACCAGCCUCUCUUGAUCAGUGAACUAAGAGUUUUUAAGUUUAUUUACAUAAGCGGUAAAAAAACAUUUGAGGCUUUGGGAUCAGAGCAGAGAUUCAGUAUGGUGCGUUGCCUUGAGCCUGGUGGACAUUUAUUUCAGUAAUACUCUCUCUCCUUGCAGCUGAUCAGGUAAGUUUCUCUUCAUCAAGCCAUCCAUUCAUUUGUCCAUCAUCACAUCUCCCAUUUUUCAUGUGUUAAAUCUUGUCAAUUUACUUUCUUUUUCCUGUUGUUUGCUUUGUUUACAUGAUAAUGUAUGUGGCGUUGGGUUUACAUGCCUGUUCUUAUAAGACUGAUGUCCAAUGCUGUAUGUCGUCAUCAUCAUUGUCUCUCUCAAAACCAUUUCCACAAACAUGAUCAAAGGGGUCACUUUGUGUAUCACCGUGUCUGUAAAUUGACCCCUCUUUGCCUUUCUUUUUUACAGAUUAUGUUCCAAGCGUACGGAGACAAGCAGGGCCCGCUGCACGGCAUGCUCAUAAACACACCCUACGUCACCAAGGACCUGCUGCAGUCCAAGCGCUUCCAGGCUCAGUCUCUGGGCACGACUUAUGUCUACGACUUCCCUGAGAUGGUCAGACAGGUACGCUUUAAAAACCUUUACGCAGUUGGAAUUUCCAUUCUUUUCCAUACCUACUUUUUAUAAUUAUUUUAGGAAAUACCCACUUUUCAAUUUUAGAAAACAAUAUUUUAGAAAUGUGGUAAUAGUCUGUAAACAUAAAUAUUUUUCCAUACUUUAUUUUGCAUUUUCCAUACUUUUUAAGACCUGGAAAUUGAUCAAAUUUAUUCCCAUAUUUUUCCGUACUUGUGUAGGAACCCUUCUUACGACAUAAGCCAGAUCAGCUGAUUAAAAUAUUCAUUUAUUGUAUUUGCAUGGCACAUAGUUUCUAUAUUUUAUAUAUCAUGAUUUUUGCACCAUCCUCUGGUAUAUUUCCCAUUAUGCCUAUAUUACAUGUUUUUAUUGUUUCUAUUAGGUAUUUCUUUCUAAGUCCCCUGCCAGUACACGCACCACUGCUAACUACUAUUCGCUCUCACUUUUAAAUUUUACUUGUUGGUGAUGCACCUUUACGCACUCGCGGCCUCGGCGAGAUGUUUCCGAUUGCUUACUGAUUGUCCAUUAACUUCUACCAUAAAGUUUAAAACAAUCAAACUUCCGUAGGCAAAAAAAACCUUAAUUUGGAUAUACUGAUCCCUUCAUUCCUUGCACAAUAAACCAGUAAAUCAAAACCGUAACCAGCUGCCAGUCAAAAAACAAAAGCCUUCUUGAGCGCCACACGUGAAAGACUUAGUGGGCACCCUAAAUAGUCUUUUCGCCCCUCCUACAGCGCCACACGGUGAAAUCUAAAAAAUCUUUUAUUUGAUGUUUUUACUCCAGAACUCCACGACUCUCCUUGCGUGAGUAAACCUACCUGUCACUAACCUGAGUCUUCCUCUGAUUAUUCUGACGUUUUUUUUUUUAUUUCAGGCUCUGAAGAAGCUGUGGCACUCCAGCCAGACCUUUGCCCACUUACCCAAAUGUCCUCUCCCCUCUGAGCUGCUCACGUUCACAGAGCUGGUUCUUGAUGCCCAGGGUCAGCUGGUGCAGAUGAACCGACUGCCAGGAGGCAAUGAGGUCAGUUUUCGAAGACGUACAUUACAUAAAAUGAGACUAAAAUCUGUCCUCUUUGAAAUGACCCCUUUUUUAAGUGUAAUUCCGCUCACAUGCUGUAGGUGUCUCUGUGUUUCUUCAGCUGUGCUUGAACGCUUGUCUAACACUUUAUUGAUGUAUGAAAAUGCUUAAUGCAUCAUUUAAAGUGCAAUGAGAAAUGAUACCUAGGUCCUGUAGUUGUAUUAAUUUCACCACAACCAUCAAAUGUUGCAGCCUGAAUCAUCCAUGGAGCAUGACAUAUUGGAUAUCGAUCUCAUACUAACCUACAUUAAUUGAUCAUUUUAAACUCAAAAUUACUUUAAAAAUAGAUUAAGAAUAGCUGUGUUACAUCAUUUUUCUAGAUCUUCAGCAUUCAGUGUGUCAACCUGCCUCUUUUCUACCUGUCUAGAUCGGUAUGGUGGCAUGGAGGAUGACCCUGCGUACGCCAGAAUACCCAGCAGGACGGGAAAUCAUUGUUAUAAGCAACGACAUCACACAUAAGAUAGGCUCAUUCGGGCCACAGGAGGACGUGUUGUUCCUGCGAGCCUCAGAGAUGGCGAGGGAGAGCGGCAUCCCUCGGAUCUAUAUCGCAGCCAACAGCGGCGCCCGCAUCGGGCUGGCUGAGGAAAUCAGACACAUGUUCCACGUGGCCUGGCAGGAUCCAGCUGACCCCUAUAAGGUCAGACUUGCAGACGACUGGAUUUGUUUCUUUUCUUUGUGUGUUUUUGGAAACUUAAAGUUUAGUGUCUCUAAUAUAUUCGAGUUCUUUCUCAUGAAUAUCACUUUUUUGUUUGCAUAUUCUGUGUUUGUAAGUGUAUUUCAUUUUCUUGGAUAUUUUCUUGUGAUACUCUUUUCUCUCCUUUUGUCCAUUAAAUAGUUUAAUGUGAUUGUCCCUCUGUAUUCGUCAAAAACAUCAUAACUAAGCAUUCUUCUGUAUUUUCUCUAUGCAGGGUUUCAAGUAUCUCUACCUCACACCUCAGGAUUACAAGAAAGUUUCAGCCCUGAACUCUGUGCACUGUGAGCAUGUGGAGGAUGAGGGAGAAUCCAGGUAAAUCUUUUUAUAACAAAUCAGCACUUAACUUCAUAUUCAAAGAAACGCAUCUGUAAGAAGCUGUGGCAUCAGGCAAAAAUGCAUGACUUCACCAAAUCCCUCGGGAUUACAACACAGGUGAAAAUGAAAGGCAAAGCUGUCGGAGGGUCACAUCUUGCUUAGAGUGAAUAUAUGUGCUGUCAUGCAGGUACAAGAUCACCGACAUCAUUGGAAAAGAUGAGGGGCUGGGUGUGGAGAACCUGAAAGGGUCUGGAAUGAUCGCUGGAGAGUCCUCUCUGGCUUAUGAGGAGAUCAUCACCAUGAACCUGGUAAGACACAAGUGGCCCGCUCUUGCAUCUGGUUUCUUCACACGUACUGGAGGCUCCAAGGUGAUUAUCUUGUCUUAUAGGUCACAUGCAGAGCAAUAGGGAUCGGGGCCUAUCUGGUGAGGCUUGGACAGAGAACCAUUCAAGUAGACAACUCUCAUAUCAUCCUGACUGGAGCUGGAGCGCUUAAUAAGGUAAAAUGAUCCGAGACAAAGAGACUUGUUGAAAGUGAAAAUGUGAUGCUGUUGUGGAAUUAAGUUUAGUUGUCUUCUACUUUAAUGUUGAAUUAACUUGAAAGAAGUUAUUUUGGUAACACUUUACUUGACGCCUAUCUCUAUAACGCAUCACAAAUAUAUGUAUAAUGCAUUAUAAUCACGUUAUAGCACUGUAUAACUAUAGUUAUAAACACUCAGAAAUGAUCAUAAUACUUGCCCACAUAGAUAAUGCAUUAUACAUAUAUUUAUGAUGUGUUAUAAUUUGCUUAUAAACUCUUAUAACUAUAAAUAUAUACACUCACUAAUUAUCAUAGGGCUUUAUAACAAUAAGCAUAACACAUUAUAAUACCUGACCUUGUAAGUCAUGAUCAAAUGCUUUAAAAUGUGUUAUGAUCAAAUUAAGAAAUUUAUAUCACAUCAUCAAUAUAUGUAUAAUGCAUUACCUAUGUAGGCAUUGUCAGUAAGUUGUUAACAGUUAUAAAACAUUAUAAUACCUGACCUUGUAAGUCAUGAUAAAAUGCUUUAUAAUGUGUUAUAAUUAUUGCUAUAAAGCAUUAUGAUCAUUUAUGAGUGUUUAUAACUAUAGUUAUACAGUGCUAUAAUGUGAUUAUAACACAUUAUACAUAUAUUUAUAAUGCGUUAUAGAGAAAGGCGUCAAGUAAAGUGUUAUGGUUAUUUUUGAUGUGCAACAUUUAAUCAAUCUGUGUCCUCAUUGAGAUUUUACAAUAAAUAUAAAUUAUCAUCCUGUUUUUAGUCAGUAUUGGAGAAAGGGUAAACACAUGCCUGAAACUUUUCCUGUAAAGGCAGUAUAGCACAGAGGAUUUUUUUUAUUUGUAUGAUAGGCAAGAUAAAUCAAGAUUCUGAGAUGUAUAAUCCCAUGGAAGACUGGUACAUUUUAUACGACAGCGACAACAAUAAAUGAGAAAAGUGUUGCUUGACUUUGGAGCUGUUCCAAAUGGCUGAUCAGGCUUCUUCCUCUCUGCCUUGUGCUGCUCUACUAGGAUCCCCCUCUCUGAUCAUAGCCACAGGCUAGCCUGCCACUCAUAACGGAAUAAUUGAAAGCGAACCAUGAAGUUGUAUUUGCAUAGAAAUAGAGUGACAUGCUUGGGGCUGCAGCGUAGGACACACAUAUUAUUUGUUUUUAAUCAAAACGAGAAGUUUCGCCGAGGCAGAUUGUUUUCCUGCCGCAUGAGGCUGAUUGCUGCGCGCUUGUGUUUUUUGUGCGUAAGUAUGCACGCUUCACUGCCGCCUCUUGUCUCGCUUUCUAUCUGCUGUCCUUGUCAGCGCAUUAAGAUGACUCCAUUUCAAAUUAGAGGACAGAUUGCAACAUGACAAAUCAUGCAAACCUAUUUGCUGGAAGCUCAGUUGUUUAAAAUAGAAUCACUGUGAGUUGUAUUCGCAUCUGCCUACAGUGAUUGUUACUGACAUUGUAAACAAAGCCUGCGCAAUGUACAUAAGAACAUUUUUUUGUUUACAUUUAAUCAUAGAAAUUCAGAAACUGCAUGGUUCUCACCUGCAGCUCAGGGGAGAAACGAGGUCGCUCUUCUCUGCUCAUUUAUCUUGUGGUUUUCUGGCUAUUAACUGAAACUUAAUGGAGAGCGGGAGGCUGCCACCCAGAGAUCAUCAUUUCAUUAGCUGCUGGAAAGCUCUCAUAUUUUCAUGGGGAGUGGAUAGUAACUACUAGCAUAAAUACCCCAGUGAGCUGUUUUAUCCAGUUUGCCCCUUAUUUUCUUCCUUCCAGUCAUCUCCCAGUGUCCCCUCCUCCUCCUCUCCUCUCUGCUGCAGAAUCUUAAUGAAGCCGCCAAUAGCCGCAGGCACAGGGGUUUUGUGUAUGUCAAGGUGACUGCAAUGUUUCUGGGGGCCGCCGGCUCUCCUGACAGCUUUAGGAGAGUGCCCCAGAUUUGUAGCCAGAUACAUAACCAUUAAUGGUAAUAAAGAAAGUAAAUGAUGGCUGGAAAGGUGAGAGCUGAGGGUGGGGAUUGAGCUCCUCUCUGAUUUUUAUGGAGCCAUGUCAGGGCCCUGCCACCUGUUCAUGGCUGCUUAUGAAAAUAGGGUGGGCUGGGAGUGAGGUUUUAUGGGUUCGAGUUGGCAUAGGGCAGUUUUGAAGGUCUGUCUCAGCAGCUUCUGUGAUAACAGGUAAAUAGAGGAUUCAGAAUAGACACAGCAUGAGAAAAAGGAUGGAAGCUAGUUGAAUGAUCUGGGUGUUUUGCAUGAGUUAAUCCACGCCACCUGAAAGAAAUCCCCCAACAAGAGUCUCAGGUGCUGUAACCUGUGUCCGCUGUGGCAGAGACGAUUCUAGCUGCUGAUCAUCUGUAUCGACGGAGCAGUGGGGAAAUGUAAUUCAGGGUCUCUGCUGUUACCCAGCUCUGUGCCUGUGUGCAGUCGUAUUGAUCUGCAGCCACCAUGACCAGAAGCCUGGUGGAAACACCUCCUGUUGUCAACCAUGGUUGCACAACAUGAACAAUAGAUUGACUCUGUCGCCUCCAUUGGAGAGCAGGGAGCAGAAGCUUUUAAAGGGUAAAUCCUCAUUAAAUUUAACUGGGCAGAAAGCCGCUGCUCCGCUUUUCAAGUAAAUAUCCAUCCAAGAGCUUGCUUCCUGCUGUUCCUCCUGUGUAUAUGAGAAUAAAAUACACCCAAAAAUUACUUGUUUGCAUCAACCCAAAACAAACAUCUGGGAGUCAACAUAGAAAAGACUUAUUUUUUUAGCAGUCUGUCUUUCAUGCAUACCUAAUCUGUGUUUCUUUCCUCUUGCAGGUUCUUGGCAGAGAAGUCUACACAUCAAACAACCAACUGGGUGGAGUUCAAAUCAUGCACAACAACGGGGUGACCCACAACACUGUUUGUGAUGACUUUGAGGGAGUCUUCACGCUGCUACAGUGGCUCUCUUACAUGCCCAUGGUAAAGUUUAACUGUUGUUUUUGUUGCAAUUGAAACCAGUGGUUAAGCUAUUGAAAAUGUGGAGGUCUUUUCAUAUUCAAAUAAAGAUAUUUUCCACCUUCAGUGUAAAGCCAGUCCAGUACCCAUCCUGGAUGCCAAGGACCCCAUCGACCGGCCGAUUGAGUUUGUGCCCACAAAGGCUCCUUAUGACCCCCGCUGGAUGUUAGCAGGACGACCCAGCCAGAGUGAGUGUCCAAUCCAGACUAAUAUUUCACACAAACUUUUUUAAUUAAUGACAACUAAGGGUGUUUUACAAUCAUAAUUUAGUGCCAAGUGGGUAGAGAGCAGUGAUGUUGAUUGUGACUGAGAGAAAAUAGAGGGAGAUUAUUUACUUAGAAACAACCAUCUACAUGUGUUAUUCUCCUUUCAAUUAGAUUUACAUUGGAGUUUGGUGAAAGCAGACCUUGUUUUUGCACUGCUUGAUCAGAGUUUGAACAAUGACUGGUUUUACCCUGUUAACCUAAAUACAGGACAUUUCUUUAACAAAAUAAGACUAAAAAAAUUCAAUUUUAAAAUAGACUAAAAACAUACUUUAUUUAAAAGGUAUUAAAGUGUGUUGUAUUGAGUGUGUCUGUUUUAUUUUUACCGUCCUCCAUCUCCUCACCUGUCAUUCCUUCUUUGUUACGGACUGGGUGGGGUGGAGUCACAUCUCCCACGCAUCGUCUUAAAGGGACAUGAGACCAUAGCCUACCUACACACAUCCCAAACAUACUUUUCUUUAUUUAUUUAUUUUUUUUGACACUGAAUAUAUAAACAAUGACGUGGGUUACUGUCAUAAAUUUCAGUACUGGUAAAUUUUCAGUUUAUCGCCCAGCCCUACCUUUGAAAUUUUAUUUUCACAUUCUCUGAUUUUCUCUAAAAAAAACACAAUUUCAAGGCACCCAUUUACUAAAUAAUUUUUUUUCCUCUUAUCACAGAUUUAGUGCUUUACAUCACUGCGUAUUACUACUCUAGUGAAUCAAUAGAGACAUUCAGCACUACUUGCAGUCCAACAUGACUUUGUUUUCUAAAAAUGGACAACAGAAACGGCUUCAUCAAACACUGAGUUUCUAAAAUGUUGUUUUGUGCCACUAUCCUGGUCAUACCAAAAAGAGUGAUUUCAACACUUUGCUUUUUUCUUCUAUAUAUGAUUUUAAUCCAAUGCUUUCUUAACGCUUGGAAUAUUACGAUAAUCAAUACUCAAUGCUAUUACAAUACAAGACUACAAUUCUUCUAUAAAUAGUAAAUGACUUUUUGAGACAUGAAAAAUGAGACUACAGACAAUUAAAUUUACCUUCAGGGAUAAAUAAAGUUCUUCUUCUUAUUAUUACUAUUAUUUUGUUUUUUAUUUAACUUGUUCCAAAACAAAAGUAAACAUCAUUUCAGUUUGAUAUCCCUGUCCUUCAUGUUGCAAUAGUUUAGUACUAGAAAGACACUAUUGAGAAGCAAAGAGAGAAACAGUGAUAUUUAACUUCAUUCUGCUGAAGGGAAGAUCAAGUUGACUCCAUAAUGGACCUGGAAUGUUUUACACUGUGGGUCAGGACUGAGCAGGUUCUUCAUCAGUGUAAUUACAGCCUGGAACAGCAGAGAUUGGGGGGACUGAGCCACUCAACUGUCUCUGCUCGUGAUGAGUGGUGAGGUUUAAUUGAAUGGUAACCUCACAGACUGGGCAUGUUUCUCGGGGUGUGCAAGCAGAUAAAGAGCUGAGUAAGCCCUGCUUAUACAGUCAUCCAUCAUGGCUGCUGCCAAGGAAAAAAAUACAAAACUUCAGGCUGCGGUAUAAAGCCAGGGUUGUUGGACUGCUUGGAAAAGACAGAAUAUUUUCAGGAAACAGACUGAGUUGCGGUUCCAGUUUGCAGUAAUUAACUUCUUUUUACUCCUCAUCUGUAGCUCCAAAGGGAUCCUGGCAGAGCGGCUUCUUUGACAACGGCUCCUUCAUGGAGAUCAUGCAGCCGUGGGCUCAGAGUGUGGUGGUAGGCAGAGCCAGGUAAGAAUCCCUGAUGACACACCGCUAUAAUGGAUUUCCUCGCUCCAUAAAUGCGGUCGAGGUAUUUUUUUUAGAUGGCAGCGCUGAAUUGCCUCUCUCCACAGGCUGGGUGGGAUUCCUACAGGGGUUGUUGCUGUGGAAACCAGGUCAGUGGAGCUGUCAAUCCCAGCUGAUCCUGCCAAUUUGGACUCGGAGGCAAAGGUAAAGGCUGGCUUAGUGCAUAACCUAGAGCUGGGCGAUAUGGCCUCAAAUCAUUAUCACGAUAUAUUGAGUGAAUAUAUCGACAUGGGCAAAAUGACGUCGGUUACUUUUCGGUAAAUCGGUAAGUUUUCGAUGUAUCGCCCAGCCCUAGAAUAACCCCAGUGUGAACUGUUAUCUGAGUAUUUGGCAAAUACACACUCUGAUGCUGAUUCUUCCUGUUUGUAUCUUAAGAUCAUCCAGCAGGCCGGACAGGUGUGGUUCCCUGAUUCUGCCUUUAAAACAGCCCAGGCCAUUAAGGACAUGAACAGAGAGGGCCUGCCUCUCAUAGUGUUCGCUAACUGGAGAGGCUUCUCUGGAGGAAUGAAAGGUAUGUCUGCUACUUUUCUUAUCCUUCCUUCCAAAUAGCCAACACUAGAUCGAGCGCUCAUACGUAGUCUGAGAUUUUGAUAUAAGCUAAGAACAAGCAACAGGUAAGAAAACCCUCCAGGUGCAUUCGAGUUUUUUUUUUUUCAAACAUCUUCUUUAUUUCAUACUGAUAUAACAACCAAAACAAUUUGUCUGCUUUUUUUUUUUCUUUUAACCACAUAAUUCCCUACCCUCCCCAUCACUCCCCAGGAACACAGAACAGAAAGGAAAAGAAAAAAUCAAAAUAAAAUAAAACAAAAUAAACAUGUCUAUAUACCAACAAAUAAAGAGCACAGAAUCAGACAAGCACAUUACAAAGAAACAAAACAAGAAAAGCAAGUAAACAAACAAAUAAACAAAAAAGAAAAAGGUAGCAACAAUAACUUUAAUGAACUCUAUCCAAAUGUGCAUACAUAUAGGCCACACAUGUGAACAUAUCCAUAUACAUACUCAUACAAAUGCAUACCUACUAAACCACAAAUAGUUAUCGGUCCCUCCCAAAGAAAUUCUCCAAUUCUGAAAACAAUGGAGUCCAAAAAUCUUGAUAGAUAUGAACACAAUUUUAUUUUCCUAGGGUUAAUUUUUCCAGUGGUAAGAACGCUGACAUCUGAUCCAUGAAGAGCUUUAAAGUUGGCAGGAAAUCAUCUCAAGUAAAAGUACACAUUUCUUAGCAAAAUAUGUGGAGAGCAAAAUAGUAUCAGUAUUUUUUAAUUAAUUUAUUAUUUUAUUUUUUUUAGGUUUUGACCUGAUUUGACCUGUUUUUCCUUUUAUAAGGCAUUUUAUAAAGUAAUACAACAUGAACAUGGGGUGUUUUCUGCCACAAUAUUACAGCAAUGUGAUUAAGUAAUCAAAUCACUUCACAGCGUUUCAGUGAAUAGUAUCAGUAUCAUACGGUUCCUCAUGUAACUCUUCUGUCUUAGAUAUGUACGACCAGGUGUUGAAGUUCGGGGCCUACAUUGUGGAUGGGCUGAGGGAGUACAAGCAGCCUGUUUUGGUUUAUAUACCACCCCAAGCUGAGCUGAGAGGAGGAUCCUGGGUGGUCAUAGAUCCCACCAUCAACCCUCGUCACAUGGAGAUGUAUGCAGACAGGGACAGCCGGUGAGUUGGACUGUUAAAUACUAUAAAAGGACAUUUUCAUCACAGCGCCUCUGUUCACUUCAAUCCUUUUGGUCCCUAGAGGUGGUGUGCUGGAGCCAGAGGGAACAGUGGAGAUCAAGUUUAGGAAGAAGGACCUCGUAAAGACCAUGAGGAGAGUAGAUCCAGUCUACUCAGGCUUGGCUGAGAGAUUGGGUGAGCCCUCCACUUCACUUCUAAUUAUAGCCCCUUUUUUCAGGUGUCUUUCUCCCCCCUCGGCGUUGUCCUCAUUUCGAGGAGCGAUACAUCAGGUGGGAGAGCGCGUGUGUUUUGGCUGUCGUUCUUUACUCGCUGUUGAUCGUAUCAUCUUCUGUGCUUCUCCCUGGGGAGACGUGUCAAUCACAGCCUGCUCAGAUCAAUCAGCAGCCCUCCUGUCUCACUCUGCACAGGGUAUUGAUUUUCCCCCAGGCUCAGUGAAACGGUGGUCCUGUGCUGAUGCUGUGUGUGCUUGAGGCGUUGGGUGGACUGGAGGAAUGGGGAGGGGGUUACUGGAGAGGCUUUGAGAGGUUACAGAUUGGAAUUGACAGAAAUCGGUAUAUGGUGACAGCCACCAGGGGUUUGGGGGAGCUUUAAGACAAAAUGCUGUUGGCAGGAGUUAAUUCACAGCUGCACACUCAUGUAGAACUAGACUCUGAAGUCAAUGCUGCUUUUAGAGAGGGAUAGAAUUUUGGCUUUUACACAACAGUGAAGCCAAAACAACCCUACGCAUGGGCACAGAUGUUGUGCUUGUUAUGUUUGGAGCAAACCUGCACAGUUAAGAUCAGCCAAUGAAGUGGCAGUAUUGAUGUCCCAGCCCCCUUACACUUACCAAAUAAAGACCCCUCAGUAUGUAAGCGAUUCAGAAGUGUUGAUUUACAGCUUUUUGUUUUGUUUCCUCUCACUCUUCCUCCUCCGCUUUGCUAACCUGGUGCACAUAGCCCUGUAGACACCAUGUCAGUCAGUUAUGGCUACAUACACUUUCUUAAAGCAUCACAUUAACGUCUCAUAAAGAACCAACUAUGAUGACAAAAAUAAUGUCCAAAAAAAAAGGAAAUGCAUGUGUAGAUUGAUUGUUAAGGAUUAGGAACACAAGAAAAGAAAAAACAAUUACAGGAGGGAGAUUUUUUUUAUUUUCUGUUUCGAGAUUUAAGUUGGAAUUUCGAGAAUAAAGUCGAAAUUUUAAAAAGUCAAAAUUUCGAAUUCAUUCAUGUUGACUUAAAUCUCGAAAUUUUGACUUUUAUCUUGAAAUUUGAAUUUGUAAUCUGGAAAUUAUAACCUUAAUCUCGAAAUUUUGACUUUAAUCUCCUUCCUGUAAUAUAUUUUUUCCCCCUUUAUGUGGCCCUAACCAUCUUUCGCAUUUUUCCCCAUAUUCCAUCGGUUUACAUGGAGAAGUUUUAUUUUUAUCUGUAGUGCAACCAACCAGCAGGGGGAGCUCCAAAUGAUUUGGCUUCACUUUCAAAGAGCCUUCAUGUCAACCAUAUUUUUACACAGCCUGUGAUUUAACGAUGCACUUUUUCACUUUGAAACACCAACAGGAACCCCAGAGCUGAGUCCCCCUGAACGCAAAGAGCUGGAGACCAAGCUGAAGGAGCGUGAGGAGUUCCUCCUGCCCAUAUACCACCAGGUUGCUGUGCAGUUCGCAGACCUCCAUGACACCCCGGGUCGCAUGCAAGAGAAGGGCGUAAUAACGGUGAGCACCUUUUUUUCCCCUCAUGCUGCCCAAGGGGGAGAAUCGGUCUAACUGCUUCAGCACCUGUCUAGUGAAUAAUGUUUGGUCUCACCAGGCUGUGACACUCGUCCUCAUAAUUAUCUUCUGAUGACCCCAGUCAAUCACCUUAGAAACCGUGGUGAAGCCUCAGGCUGCACCAUCUCAAUCUGUGCCUGCCCACCUCCAUCUUUCACAUCCAAGCUUCCAGACUCUGCUCACAUGACCAGAGGGGCUCUCACAGAUGGAAGGCAGUCAGGGUCAUUUGUACACACAGUAUGAGCUGGACCGUGCUGGUCAGGAGGCCCAACUCAAAGUACUCAAGCGGAGAAAUAUGUAAAAAAAAAAGACAAAAUCUUUCAGAAUGAACACUUGAUUUCUGACUAAUUUCUGAAACAAAAAAAAUUCUGAUGUGUUACAUUUGUCUCAAAACAUCUGUAACAAAAUGAUUCGACUGCCACGUGAACUUCUCAUAUUGAUCAUUCCAUAUCUUUGCAUACUGCAUACUUAAUAUCUGACCUGUAGGUUCUUAAUGGCAUGAGUAAAACAUAAACACAACACAAGGAUAACAAAACAAUGAUCAAAUUAAGAGAGUUCAUCAAUUCAAACACAUUCGUUUGCUCUAGUAUUUCCAAAAACACAAAGUCUCUCUGUACAAACCUUUGUCAGAUCUAGACAGCCUGCCACCCUGUCCUGUUUCCUUAAGAAGCUCUGCCUCUGUGUAAAUUUCAUGAGUACCCUUGUGUGCAGGACUUAACAUCUUUCUUUCUAUAUCAUCAUAUAGUUCAUUCUGUGACUCUUUGCGUUAUAUCUACCUCAGGAUAUUCUCGAAUGGCAAACCUGCCGUCACUUCUUCUAUUGGCGUCUGCGACGUCUGCUGCUGGAGGAGACGGUGAAGAGGAAGAUCCAAGCAGCCAACGGUGAGCUGACAGAUGGACAGAUUCAGGCGAUGCUGCGACGCUGGUUUGUGGAGGCCGAGGGGGCCGUCAAGGUAAACGCCACAAAUCAGAACUUCACUAGAGGCUUCGUUCGAUGAAUCACUCUAUGUGCAAAUCAAAAUAAACUGUAGUUCGCUCUAAACUAUAUGUUCAUAUUAUACUUCAAGAGCAAAAAUGAUGCUACUUUCUGAUUAACCUCAUUUCAGACAAGACUAUGACAUACAAAUGUUGGCAAAUUGUAAUAAUGUUUUAUUAUUAGUAUUAACCAUAUACAUUCAAACAGUAAAAAACAUACAAAUACUCUGUAUUGAAUUUAGAGUGUUUGAAUUUGAAUGUGGGCUGAGAGUUUAGAGAAAACUGUGCAAUCUUUAGUGUUUCCAGAUGUUUUGUUUUAUCUUCAUCAGAGGCCACAUGCCUUUUUUACAAAGGUUUACUUUUCUAACCACAGUCAUCAUUUGCAGUCUCCUGCGGUGAAUGAUUGAGUCUCGGACAGGUUUUUUUCAGUGUGAGAUUUCUCCUCAUAAACUAAAGUCUAAGAUAAAUUUAUCUAAAGUGUAGUUGCCAAAGUAAAUAUCUUCUUUCUCCCUCUGUGAAUGAUUGCAGAGGUUGUGUCGUUUUAUCCUGAAACACGCUCUUUUCCUCCACAAUGUGCUUCAGAUAAAGAAGUGUAAGCAUUCCUAUUAAAUCACUGUGAUUAAAUGCAGAUGGACUGAUAACUGGAGAAUAAACAUCCAUGAGAGAGAGAUACAUAAACACUCUUCCUUCAGGCUCAGUCUCAGGCUCAGAGGACCCGCUGCAGGGCUUGACAGGAGCCGGCCCAGAGUUUGAGAUCUCCUGAAGAAGAAGUGGCCUUCUUGUUAGCUAAUAUAUUACCCCAAUCAGGAGCGACCGUCUUAAGCCACAAUUAAUCACAGCCCUGGCACGUGCAGAUAGGAGAGCAACACGCUGUUUCUUAAUUAAAAGCAAACAGAUUAAAAAUGAUUAAUAAGGGCAUUAAAUGUUCUCGUGGACCUCAAGCAGGACUGUUCAUAAAAAAGGCAAGAGCCCAUUAUACCCCUCAGCCCCCAAAUCUUUGCUAAGCCCUCCAGCCACGCUUUGUUUGGGAUCAGAGAUGCCAGCACUCAUGAAUACUAAUUUCACUAUCAGGUCCAGUCUACAAGCCACGAGGCCUCCACUUCAUGCAUGUCUGUCCUUUUAGUCAUUGUUGAUCUUUAUUUGAUGUUUUUUAAUAUUUUAUAUGACAAUCAUUUUAUUCAGCACGUGAACUGUAGAUGUUAGUGGCACAAGGGUGGGAAUGAUUUAUCUUUGAGGUGAUGGGAAAAUAUUAAAACAGUAAAUUUUUAAAGAAGCAACAGGCCAGUUUAACCCUUUGAUUGUUUAUAUAUGUAGAUUUUGUUGCUUUUCGUAAUUUUAUUAAUGCUAGUUUUUAUUUUGGUUUUAACUGUUGGUGUAACAAUGGCUACAUUUGAAAUGUACUUAUUGGCAGAUAAAGCCUUCUCCACUGCUGCCUCCACCUUCUGGAAUUCGCUCCCCAAACCCAUCUGAGACUGUAAAGACCCCUACACUUUCAAAUCACUCCUUUUUAAAUUGGCUUUUAACCUGUGAACUGUUCUUUUCUUGUCUUUUCGUAUCAUGUCUUUUUUAACCUUUUAAAUUGUUGGUCUUAUUACUCCAAAUUUUCUGUAUUUUAUAUUGUGUUUCUCGUAAAGCGUCUUUAAGCACCUGUAAAAGCGUGUCAUAAAUAAAAUUUAUUAAUGUUAUUAUUUAUUAUAGGUAAUGAAAUGAAAUAUCAGCAGAUUAUUCAGCCAUCAAAAUGACUUGGUGCCUUCCUUUUCUCUUAACUACAUUUGUUUAAACUCAUACUAUUUCAAACUCAUACUUUUUCACAAAUAUUAUCUUAAUUUUUUGUUAUUUAUCUUCUUCUUUUCAGGCCUAUCUGUGGGAUAACAAUGAGGAGGUGGUUGGGUGGCUGGAAAGACAACUGGCUGAAGAAGAAGGUGCACGAUCUGUCAUCGAUGAGAACAUUAAGUACAUCCGCCGAGAUCAUAUUCUCAAGCAGAUACGCAGGUGAGGAAAAAUAUAAACCACUGAUUUAAUACAGUAAAGAGUCCUUCAGUGACAUAAUGAACUUCUUGUUACAUAACUGAUGAUUUUUUUUUUUCAGCCUUGUUCAAGCCAAUCCAGAGGUGGCCAUGGAUUCAAUCGUGCAUAUGACCCAGCACAUCUCACCCACACAGAGAACAGAGGUGGUGCGCAUCCUGUCCACCAUGGAGACGUCCACCUCCUCCUAG